CGUCCGCGUGCAAGUCGCUCCUCGGGUCUUUCGCGAAAAAUAGAACGACGAUUAUUGUAUUCCGGUACGAUUUAGUCGACGCGGAAUUAUCGCCUAUAUAAUAUCAUAACGGUAUAACUGAACAUUAUUUUAAACAAUAUCGUAUUGUUAUAAAAAAAAAAAAAAUAUUUUUAACAUCCCGAAAAUUCGAUUCGGUAUUUCGCACACGGCUUUUCUAUAAUAUAUCGUCGAGUAAUACGAGACAGUCGGUGUUGUUUUUUUUUUUUUUCGUGUCCGACGCUCUCGACCAUUUCCGCGAUCGUAACAUUUCGCCGCUUAACAUUAGGGACCUAUCUAUAGGUUCUUAUAUUAUAAUGAAAUUUAUCCUCCGGUGUUAUUGAAUAAAUACUACUCCGUGACGUUUUUCGCCACGGCCAGUUCGACGAUGCACUAUGCAGGCACGGGGUAAGUAAUUUGUUCGUCUAAGAUGUUCACGUUUGUUUUAUAAAACAGUCGCUGACUACCGAUACGUCAAAUUCGCGAUGCUUCUGGGUGUUUGUCUAUUAUGAGAUACACAUUAAAUAUGCCAUCGUAAUAUUGUGAGGUUUUCGAAAAUCGAGUGCCUUUCAAUCGGUAGCGUUUCGCAGGUCUUGUAAGUGAUUAGAGAAAAGGUAAAUAUUUUGAAAAUUACAAGCGUAGUUGAUUUUAAUGAACGCAAACAGAGAUGGGACCUAUACGAUCAUCAUAAAUAUAAAACGACGAGCUAUUGCCAUUUAUUGUUAUUUGUUGAUUUUAGGCUUCAUUUAUAAACAAUUAUUUCCAAAAUUAAAUAAUAUUUAGUGUGCGUAUAGAUGUACACUAUUUUAUAUAUUAUUCAGAAACCAACACAUACUUUAUAAUACUGAUAGUAAAUAGUAAAAACUAUACAAAUGCUGUAACAAGAAAAUUGUAAAAUAUAUUGACUGCCUCAUCUGGCUAGCUGUCACUAGUUCCAAACGAGUAUAACACAAUUUCCAAAGCAAUAAGAACUAUGUUCGUUUAAAAACAAAAAGUGAACAUUUUUGAUAACAAACGCACUACGUACACCAUCGAAUGUGUAAGUGUCGAAACUACAAUGCAGUACAAAAUCUGUUUAAAAAACUGUACACUUUUUUUUAAAACAAACAAUGUUAAAUCAUACACAAAAUCUUUCAUUAUCUUACCAUAUAUCUUCAGCUUCAAAGGUUAUAAAUGCCUAUUGCUGUUCCACAUAGCCAGAAGCCUAUUCUGAUGUAAUAAUUGUCAAUUAUUUUAGAUUAUUAACUCUCAGUCUCUGAAUAUCUCAAUUAAGUCCAUCGAUUGAUUUGUUUUACUUUAAUCUGUUCGGUGGUCUUUUUCCUUCGGGUGUCCAUUCUGAUGUAUCUUUUACUAGGUAUGUUAUUCGACCUCUAUACGUGUCUUAGCCAAUUCAUUAUUCUUCCUCAAAGUGUCUGAACUAUGUCCUCUUCUUCGAACAGCUAAUUUAUUUCAGCAUUCGGGUUCUUAUUUCAUAUUCACCUGAUUACUCAUUUAUCCUUGGUCCAAUUAUGCACCGAAGGAAUUUUCUUUCCAGAACCGCCUAUCUUGUAAGGUUGGUCACAAAAGAAUAUGAAAUAUUAUUACCUUAUCUGAAAUAAAGAUUUCAUAAAAUAAAACCUGCAUACCAAAGAUCAAAACUAGUUUUAUUUUUAUUGCAUUAGAUUAAAAUACAUCAGGUUUCUAAUACAAUAACUUCGUAUGAAUAAGUUAGAAAGUUAUUGAUAAUUUAAAUUCACUAAUCUACAUAUUAGCAAAAGUUUCUAUUUAAAUUAUUUCUUACAUUAUUAUUAAUUAGUAACUAGCUAUUGUUGUUAUUACUAUGUAUUAUAAUAUAUUUCACGUUAUUAUGUGAAAAUGUCUUACGUCAAUGAACAUAAUAUUUACCAUCAACAGUUUAUCCUUAAAUUGUGUGAUGUCAAAUUGUUUCUGAUAUCGAAUUUUAAAAUAUGUACAAAUAUAUAAGUUAUACUUUUCCUAAUGCCUAUGCUUUAUCAAUUUAUACCAUAUAUCGUAUGUGUAGUAUUGUAUCUACAAAAUAACAUAAAUAACGAUAAAAAAUUUUUUAUUUUAUUUUUUUUAUUAUCAAAAUUAGUUUUAAAAAAGCUGUAUGUAUGAAUAAAUGAUUCUAAAAAUUGUGAAUCUAGGUAAAAAAAAAAAAUACAAAUUCCUAUAGCCUAAAAUUUGUCCAAAUCAAUAAUAUUAUAAUAAUAUUGUCAUUUUCUUUUUACUGUAUAAUGAAAUUUAAAAAGUCUAAUUGACCGUCAAUUAAAUUUAAAACUAUACAGUCAAUGAUAACAUAUUAUUGCCCUAAUUAUUUUUUAAUUUGUUUUAUUGAAAAUAUUCCAAAAAUAUGUCGCGUAGAUAUCAAUUCAAAAUUUCAACUUCUAUAUUAUAAAAGUUGUGAUUAGUACAAUAAUCGCACUUUAUCUAAUUUUAUCUUAUUUUAAUCUAAUGUGUUAUUCGUUAUUCUGUUAAUGAUAUUAUGUGUCGUUUUUUUUUCCAUAUCAUAGUGAACCGUGAAUUAACUAUCUUAACUUAAAUUCUUUAACAUUUUUUUUAAAUUUGAAAUUUGAAAAUGUUAGAAUUUCUCCGAAAACAAAAGGGUAAUAAAUUACUGAUAUUUGUAUAUUGAAUAUACCCAAAGAAUGAAAAAAAAAAUCAUUCGACGUUACACACAGUAUAAAAGUAAAUAUUGUUUGUCAAGAUGUUACGUAACCAUGGACGACUUUUAAACUUGGUUUCUUUAUAAUUAGUUACUAGGGCACGGACUUUCAUGUAAAUAUACAAUUGUAUUACAUGCUGAAUUUGAGUGUGUUUCAUAACACCCUAAGUAAAAUAAGACAUUCGUUUUUUUAUAUAUUUGCAUAUUUUGAAGUAAAUGUUAAAUAAUAAUCGUAUUGUUGCAAUUAUUAAAUUUAGUGAAUUAAUGUUAUGAUUUCGGGAGAUUUUGUCGAGGAUAUUUGGACGUGUCAUUGGAUAUUUUGAUUAUGGACAUUUUUUAUUUUGGAAUAAUUUUUUAGAAAACUUUGACAAAACGUAGAAAACGUAUUGUUCAACUGAAUUGUAAUGCAUUGUUUACACAAGUAUACUACUUUUUUAUAUGGUUCUUAAAAAUCAUUUUUAACUGUCAUAAUCUUCUAUACCUAAUAGAGACUAAUAACUCGUUUUUAACAAAUAUUUUUACGAUGUUCAUUACUCACUUACUACGUGACUUAUAGACGCGCACAUUAGAACCAGUAAACUCUACAAGGAAUUAUUUGAUUCCUCGGAAUAAGACAUAUAUAAUAUUGCUCAUAGCGCCCCAGUUGAAUUAAUUCGUUAUAUCUACCUACCUAUACUCUAUUCUGGAUAAGAUAGAGUCACUCGAACGACGAAAAUGUGUCACGUUAGCGCAUCCCUGUACUAGACUACCCCACCCCCCGAUCAUAUUCGCUCACUGUAAACACGGUGGCACCAACUAAAGGAUCCGGAUUUGCUCAUUGGUUCAAUCUACAAGCAUAAAAGUAGUUCAAUGUUAUCCUAAAUAGUGAAUGGAGUAUAGUUAGUUCCAAUUGAACGAACUAGAUAACAAUAUAAAUAUAGUUAAUCUUUUUACUAUUGUACGACUAAGUUGGUACUAUCAACGAUAAACUAUUAUUUAAACCUACUUCAACUAUAUGCUUAUAAUAGCAUUAUAAUAUUAUGUUAUUAUUGUCCAAAAGUUCCGUUAAUCUCCUGAAAACAGUUCUGGUAAUAAAAUAUUAUGAAAUAUUUCAAUAAAAAGUACUAGUUUUAUUUAAAAAAAAUAACAAUAUAAACGGUUAUAUUUUUACAGCUACACCGGUUGGUUGUAUUUUUAUUAUCAAACAUUAUAGGAAAUAUAAAUGUAUUGAUUAAUAUUUAUAUUAUCAUUUUUGUUUUAAAUGUUUAUUUUGAUGACUACACUCUUAAAACUGGAGCAAUGAACAAUAAAACUGAAUUUUUAAUUUCAAAUUCAUACAUAUAUGAUAUUAUAUGUACCCAAUACGGUUUGACGACAACCGAAUAAAAUAGUUUAUUAAAUUGUCUUCAUUUGUCUUAUUAAAAAAAAAUUGCCUUACUAAAAUUAUAGACACCUAUCUCAAAAACUGAAUAAUAUUUUAUUAUAUUUUUAUAAUAACAUUUAUUUUCAACGAUCAUUAAAAUGUUAAAUAUUUAAAUAGUACACAAACUUAUGUAAAAAAAUAAAAACAAUAAUUGUGUUUACUUUUUUUUGACAAACUUAACCCGACCUAUAUACCAUGUUCACAUGGUUUUUUUGAAGUCUAGUGACAUUGAAGAAUGUGCCAAGAAAUGAUUAUGUUGCCAAGCUCUCGAAUCAACACAUCGGAUAAAAGUUGAUUGCAAUUACUAAAUUGUUAUUUUUUUCAUAAUAUUCCUUACCCAGGCAUUAUAAUUGUAAUCGGUUUUAAAUACCUAAACCUUCUAACUAUCAUAAAAAUGACGUUCAUACUCUUUUACAAUAGAUUUAUAACUAAAUCUACCUAUAGUUUAAGUAAUGUGCAUAAUUAAUAUUUUAGCUUCCGAGCGUAGUGCAAAUUAAUAUCGUAAUUUAAAUAAAUGUGUUCUUUUUCCUCCGAAAACUGGUUUUCGGUAAGUAUCCCGGCCAGUGAUACUUUAUUUGAAACAUAUAUAUAAAUUUAACCCUAGUUUUGUUUUUUUUUUUGGUUUUUAGAUUCUUGUUAAUGUCUGGGUUAACUUAGCUACAAGGGAAAAAACAUGACUUAUAAAGCCUUACCUUAUAAGUUUUUUAAAUUUUUGGAUAACAAUAAUUUAUCGUUACUUUUGGUACAUAAACUUAGUUACCCUAUAUUACAUACGCAUACCUUCCCAUUUCCCAACAAACCGCAUAAAACAGUGGCCUACCCGUGGUAUGAAAUAUUUUGAUACGUAUUACUAUAAUAUUACGUUUCUUAAUAGCAUUUUUGUUUUAUCUGUAAAUUAGAUUGAGAAAGUAAUUUUUCUAGACGUAGUCUAAAUAAUAGUAAUACAAUGGUAGAUAACAUUAAAUUUCAUAAAAACAAUAUUGUUGUAGACGUCUCGAAAACAAACAUUUCGUUAAAAUAAUAUCAGAUAUUAUAUUGUGUAAUUGACCGAAAUGAAAAUCAAACGUCAAGAAAUUAUUAUAAAUUAGUUUGUCUGCAAAGUAGCAAACGACUCAACGGGCAUAAUCAUAUUUGAAAAAUAUAAAAUCUUUGUUUUCGAUAUACGUAAGGACGAAAUUGAUUUUCGCCAACAUGUAAUGUUCGUAAAAUAUAUAUUAUAUAUUUAUCGCACUAUAUCAUAUUAUUUAACUCUAACAUAAAUAUUUAUGACAAAAAAAAAAAAACUCAAAAUGGUUACUGACUGUGUGGUAUAAUCAGGUACAUCAGAACAAUAAUUUAAUAGUUAGGAUUUUACUAAUAGAUACCAAUAUCAAUAAAUUUGCAUUUGAAGAUAUAUCGAAUUAAAUUUUUUGAUAUUAACAAAAAAGCCGUAUUAUUUUGAUAUUAAGACACUUUUUAGAAAACUAAAUUAAAUCAAAAAAAAGACGUGUUAAACACCGUAAAGACAAAAACAAUUUUUAUGAAAGAAACUCAUCUUAAAAAUUGCAUCAAGAUUUCUAGUAGAAAACAAAAAUAAUGUAUAAUAAUGAAUUCUUUAACGCCGUAAAUAUUCGUCCAUUUUUUCUGGCUUUUCUUAAUUAUUAGAUUUUAAUUACUAAUUCUUAAUUAAAAGAAACCUGUUUUGAAAAUCAACAAGUGACCACCAUAAUGUACCAAUUAGAUCUAAAAUGUUAAAUUUUGAUUGGGCUUUAUUUCUGGUGGAAAAGUUUUUCAAAGGCAGCGAGAAAAAUGCUCAAAUCGUUGUAAAACCAAUAUAUUCAUUAUCUGUUCGGAAUCUCUGAAUCUAAAAAAAAAAUACAUUAUUGUAAAACAUUCCUAGCUUCUCUAAGAAUCUAGAAUUUUAAAUUAUCGUUAUUUUGAAUGUUUACGCACUAUAGGUGUAUAUAAUAUUAUUACUUUUUUAAUGCAGUUUAAUACCAUAUCCAUAACAUUGUCUUUUAUUUAGAUUAUAUUUCCGUUAUUUGUAUCGUAAGCCAUUUUUUUUUUUUUUUUUUAUUUGAUUACAAUAAUAAUUUAUAGAUGAAAAUCUCCAUACAAUAAUAAAAAUAUAUAUACCGGGCCCAUCCAUUAACUAAAUUUGGGUCAUUAAUAAACAAAUUUCCCGUGCUCUAAAUUUGAUGACAGUAUAGAAUAGUACCUACUGCAAUUAAAUGUCAUACGUAUGUUCAACGCGCGUGAUGACCAAUGGCGUAGGUUCGGUGAAACAAUCGUAUAAUGGUCUUUUAAGCGCGUUCAUAAAGUACCUAACUUUUAAAUGACCGAGUAUUACGCGAUAUAUUUUAACCGCGGGUUCCUAUCCAUAUCUAUCUUUAUAUCUCGUAACGACUUAGAACAAGACAUACACGAAUAUUACAUUUUUACAUCAUCACGAUGUCCGUUCGUACAGUAGUAAUGUCAGGGCAGAAGAAAGGCCAAUGAAAGAAAAAAAAAACUGUGCCGAAAGUCCAUUACAGAAGCAAAGAAACAGUCAAAACGCAAAAGUUUUCAUACGGUUUGCCAGUCUCUUUGACCUAAAAUAAAUAAUAAUUUAAAAAUACAAUUCUAUGUUUGAUAACAAUAUGUACUAUGGUCCCGUGGCAGUUAUUGUUACCGAGACGGUAUCUUACACGUACUAUUUAUAAAACCGAGGUUUGUCAAUAUUAUAUUAUAAACAAAUGAAUUGUAUUAAAAAUCGUUUUUGCACUGCAGUAAUUGUUAAACCGAGUAGAUUCAAAACCGCGAUACAUAAUAACAUAUAAUAUACUAUAAUAAUUAAAGCUGAGUAAAUUAACGAACAAUAUUAACUCAGUUAAAUUGAUUUAGCGAGUUUACACGUUGAAAGUUAAUUUGAAAAUUUAAUUAAUUUAAGUUAAGUUAAUUAUUAUUAUUAUUAUUUUUUUUUUCGAAAAUUGGUAUUGUUAUUGUGAAAAUUAUUAAACCUAGAGUUUAUAAAAACGAAGACGAUCAGUGUUUAACACUGCGGGGAGUUCGGUCUGGGAAUAUCAAACUGUACUUAUUUUAAAUUCGAAAUUAUAACACACAUUAUUAAGUGAAAAAAAAAAAUGUUUUUAUGAUAAUAUCUAUUUAAAUAUUGUAUGUACAGAUUGCAAAUUGAAUAUAAUAUACCGUGUUACGUUUAAAAUUAAUUGAACACCUUUACGUGGUAUAAUUUAAAAUUAACUAGUUAUUUAUUAAGUCAGGUAAUAUUAAAAAGUGUAAAUUUUUUAAAAAUAAUAAAAGAAGUGGUUAAAAACUAAGAUAAAACUAAUAAAGCGUUUAACUCACUAACAUCGAGCCUUAACUAUUAUAAUAAUACACAAAACGCGUUAAUCAAGAAUAUUAAAAGAUUAUUUAAUAUUUAGUUCAAUUAUAUUAAUUAAUGAUAUAAGUAUGUAAAUAAAUUCAUAAAGUAUUCGAAACUACCUAUAUUAAAAAUACUUCCAUACAAAUUAUUUAAUAAUUACUAUUUUAAAUUUGUUUUGAUAAGUAUUUGAAUUGGCUAUUUUAAUGUCUAAUAAGUAAUAAUGAAACAUAAAUUAAUCUACUUUUAAAUUCUAUAAUAAUGUGAUUAUUAAUUAUGUGGGAUUCAUUAAAAAUAAGUUUAGUAAUUACUUAUAUUACCUAUAUAUAUAUAUAUAUAUUAUAGACCACUUAUAUUUAAAUAAUUCUGAGUGGAAUUUACUUGAAAAACAGUAGACUAUUUUAUGAUUUGUAAUUUCUUUGAUUUUCUCAAGAUCUAUUAAACAAUUAAGCAAAAUACUUAUGACUUUUUAAUUUUUUUUUUUCAUUAUCAUUAUAAUUUAUUAAAGUCGUAUUUUAUUUUAUUUCCAAUGUAUUUUAAAUACUUUUUUGUGUUCGUACUCCAAUAUUUUUAACGAAUUAAAAAAGUUCUCGUGUACAUUAAAAUUGUAUUAAUAUUGUAUUAAUAUUGUACCAUCUGUUCUAAAUACACUUAAACUUGUUUUCUACACAAUAUACUUGUAUUUGUAUUCAAAAAUACCUACUUUUAACAAGUGUUUUUAACAAAUCUAUACGUUAAUAGUUUUUUUCUGAUUUUUUAAUAAUAAUAAAAAAUAUUCAACAAAAAUAAACUAUAAUAUAUAGGUACAACUAUUAUCAAUUGAGAACUACAUUCCUGUAUCACGUUGUUUUUUACAGUCAUGGCCACAUAUAUAUUAUAUAAAUAAAACGAUAAAUCGUUGCGUGACACCAAACAUGUGUUUCUAUCAUUUAAGAAUAAUGGAAAUCUUUAUAAGCUUAUUUUUUCCUCUAAAAAUAAAAAAAAAACAUAUAUAUAAAAAAGUGCACCCGUUACAAAAAAAAAAAAAAUUAUACGUUUGUCGAUAUUUUAAAAUCGACUAAAAGACAACCUGAAAUAACUUAUUUUUCUCUUAAAUUAAUAAUAUUCGUACUUAUUUCACUUUAAUUUGCAUACAAUAAUUAUAUGGUGUAUAUACUUCGCACGAAGGGUGGGCCACUGUUGUAAGUGAGAAGUUCAGAAGGUAGGAUAUAAAGGGAAAUAUGUAUAUCUGUACACAACGAUUAAUAAUUUAUUUAUUUAUUUAUAAUUAAUCAUUGCGUAAGUAAAUUAUUCUGAGUGGGAUUCGAUGAUACGUGUUUUGAAUGUUCAUUAUAUAAUAUUUACUAUUUUUGACCGAAUUUCAUAUUAAAAUAUUUUUAUAAAUCAUUUUUUUUUUUUUUUUUUGGACCAUAUAGUACGACUUACAAAGAAGUUCAUGUUAAAUUGUCAAGCUUUUCUGUUUGUUCUUAUAAUUGUAUCCACAAAGUACCAACCGAAUUAAAAUUACGUAAGAAACUCACAUAAUUAAAAUGUCUAUAAAUAGCUCAAAAAUGGGUAAAAUAUUAUAAAAAUUUGACUACGUCUAGAAAAGGCAAAUUAAAGUUUUUGUCUAAAUUUCGAGUCUCUAGAAAUAUUUUUAACUGUAACACAACAAAAAAACAUAAUUAAAAAUAAUACGUUUCGUAAAUUGUCCAGUUUUUCUCACGCGUGUUCUUGGUUUUUCCCAAUUAUUAUGAAAACCAUCUAGAAAAUCAAAAAUUUUACCUUAUAUUUAUCAUAUCUUUACCUUACAUCUUAUCUUACUCGUCGUACCACCCAGACACUAUUUCGUUCGGGAAAAUUUAGUACACUCGAAAAUGUUGGAAAAGUUUUUUAUAAAAAAAAGUAAACAUCAUUUUAAAACUAUUAGGUACAUUUCUCGCUUCCCUCAGAAUCUAAAACAACAAUAAAUCCUAUAACUAUUUGUUAAAUCGGUUUUAUGAUAAACUUAAUAUACUCUUGAAUAUAAAUAAUCAUUACAAUAUUACCUUGAACUUGUACUAGUCAAUUUUACAAUAAAUUACUUUCCAGAAUAAUAUCUAGAUACUGGUAUUAUUGAACUUUCAUAAAUGAUAAUUAAAUUUUAGCCACAUCGGCGUGCACCGACAUCUCCAUACAAAAAUAAAAAUAAAUAAUACCUACCUAAUAAAAUUUAAAAAAAACGAAUCCGCAAUUAUCAAACCCGAUACUGUUCCAAAGAAGUCAGUUCCAGGUGAUGAAAAAAAAAAAUGGAUAAUGUCUUGUGGAGUGGGUUACAUUUUAAAGUAGACAAUUUACGUAUGAGAGAGUGGUGAAAUAAUAGUAUUACCCACCUUUUUUUGUUUAAAAAUAGAAUGACUUUUUCAAUAAGUGGAGCUGUUAAAAUGCAAAAAAUCUUCUUGGUGGCAAAACAUAUUGACAAAUACAUAACUACUUAAAUAUUAUUUAACAUAAUAUUAUCGAAACCGCUCGUUUUCCCGCGACAAAUUCAUUGAAAUUAUUUCGCCGACGGAUUGAUUCGUUGACAGGCUCAUUUAUUAAGGUCGCGUAAACCAAAAAAAUAUUGCGAUUUAUAUGUUGUGCACACGAUUUUGAGAUUCUGUUCUACACUAUGGACCUAAUAAUAUUUUGUACGCGCAAAACAAAUGUAUUUUCCAGAUAGGUGAUUUAGUUCGUUUUAUAUUGUAUAUGCAACGAUGAAUCACUGCGAACGGAAAACAAUCUUAAGCGAAGUUUGGUAAAACAAAUUUAAAUGGAAAAUUGUAUUGAUUCGUAACAAUCAUUAUCCAUAUUUUCAUAUUUCGAAACGUGUAAACUUUUUUGAUGGUCCGUUAUUAUUUAGUUACAGAUAUCACUAUUAUAAUUAAUUGGUUUGAAUUAAAUAAUUUUGCCGUUUACUUCUGCAAACGUAACGGUAUGGCGGCAAAUGUCCGCCAGUGAAAAGGCUAACGGCGAAUCAGUCUAUGGCAUAUUGGUGACAGGAAAACGAUUUCUGCAAAGCGUACUAUAGACCCUAUAAUUAAUUAUAUUUUUUUAUUUAAUUUUUUUUUUUUGAAAAUACAUGGUUUUACAAAUGUAUAGUUUGUUCAUUGGGAUUUGUUUUAUGUUUUUUCUGAUUUUUAAAAAUUAGAUUUUAUUACAUGAGAAUUUUUUUUCAGGUCGAAAUAAAAAUAUUCUUUGAAAAAAAUUAACUUAAAUCGUCACACGAUAUUAUAAUACUGGGAUUUCCGGAAAAACAAAAUUAUAAGUUUCUUUACCUAACCGUACGUCACGACCGUCCAGAUUAUUCUAAUUGAUUUGUAUUUUAACUAACAUACAAAUAAUAAUAUAGACCGCUAAAAAAUACAUAAACCGUCGAACAUCGCCAAGUAAACUGCAAAUAAUAAUACUAACAAUGUUACUAUAGAUUUCAUAAUAUGAUAAAAACUACUGAGUCGUUAAAAUUAGAUACGUACCUAUACCCAGAAGGCGGACCAUCGAUCCCUUUUCCAAUCCUUGUAAAUCAAAUAAUUUAGAAACACGAGCGGUCACAACUGAUGUUAACACUAUAGGUACACACGAAACUAUCAAUCGAAUGAACACGUUUUUAAUAUUAAAACCUUUGCAGGACGUUUACGGUCCGGCGGGUAUAAAAGAAAAACUAAAGAAUUAAGGUGAAUUUUAAGAGUUAUUUCUUUAUAGCGUAUUUAUACGAGUGUUUAUAUUAUGGCGUAAAUGAAAAGAAUAAUAAAAGCAGAAGGCUUAUUAUAACGUUUUUUUUUCAGAGAAAAAACAACCGCUUAAAGCAAUACCGAAGGAAAAUAAUAAAGCUACGCGAUAGGUACUUAAUCGGGUUGGAGAAUCAGUUCUAUUAAAUUUAAUGGGUUUUGAACUUUUGGUAGCUAGCUGGGUAAAGAGGCAUUGAACACUGAACACGUGUUAUUAACAUACGAGUUAUAGUUAUUGAAAAAAAAAAAAAACAUUAAAAUUAAAUUUGAUGGCAUCUCUAUUCAACGAAAAUUUACUGAUAUAAAUCAAAACAAACGGUGACAUUUUAUUAAUUUUAUUUGUAACGUGAACAAUUAACAUAAAGACCGUCAUUGAUUUACUUUAGCUGAUCGUAUAUUUUUUUUGUGAUUUCAACGAUUUAAUGCAAUAUUAUAUGUUGUUUAAAUAACAAUAGUGUAGAAUGAAAAACAUUACAACAUUAUUUAUCGUUAUUAUGUUUUAAUAAUGGCAAUAUUCUAUAAAAUAAACGCCAUGAAUUUUCAAAAGACCUUGUAAUAAAUUUGAACCUUAUUUUUAGUAAUACUCUACGCCGUAGAGUCUACGGUAAUAUUUAAUAGGUAUGGGCGGAGAAACUAAGACGCACUACUACGGAAAAAUCUUGGAACAGAUUAGAACUCAUCAGAGAAAAGACCUUUGAGGAGGCCGGAGAUGAAGUUGAAAGACGUAUUAAAAAAUGGGUGUAGACGAUUUAAUAUUGGAAUAUUGUAAACAAUUUUAUAAUGUUACCUAUCUGUUAUUAUUAUUAUUUUUUUUUUUUUUUCAUAGAAUCUCAAUAUUGUUUAUUACGCGCAUUUCAUUUAUCAAAUAUAAAUGAUACCGAUAGAGGGAAUUAAGUGUUUAUACAGGUGAAUUGAGAUUCAACUAUAUAUUUUUCAUUUUUAAAGCUGUUCAAAUCAAUUGCUUAACUUAAACGAUUGAACUUUCGCCAUUAUUUUGAAAAGUAAAUCGGCCGAAUAAAAAUGUAUAAAAGUGAAUAACGAUUAAUAUAUACGUAGGUACGUUACAUUAAUUUACAAGUCACACUUUUUCUGACAGUUUUACUAAAGAUAUUUGUUAUUUAUACUUAUCAAAGAAAGAUAACAAUACCGAAAUAUUUUUAUAUCUGAGCUAAAAUUAUGUAAAUAAUAUUUUUUAUGUUGUAUAGUUUUAUUAUAGUUUUACAAUGUGGUUUGAGAAUUUUUCUCUGAAAACACUCCACUGGGUAAGAAAAAUAAUCUAAAAGUUCCAUUAAAGUGAUCACAUUUCGAUAAUAUCCCCCUAUAAUAGUUUCCAUAAGAUAAAACUACCAAAAAAAAAAAAAAAAAAACAGGAGAGUUUUAGUCUCUGAUUUUAACAAAAUCAUUGCUAGUUAUCUCAAUAACUCAUCAUAACUUGGAAAUCUAAAAUUACUGCUCUUAAUCGUUUUAUGUACAUAUAAUGAUUUAUGUAGUUGUUGUUUUCGAUAUUUAAAAAUAAUAUUCUACGAUAUAAUAACACUUAAAAUCUCUAUAAAUCUCUUUCAAAACAGUAAUCUCCCCUGUAUGAUACGAACCAAGUCUGUUUUUAUAAUAAUAACGUCUUGUUAUUUUAACGUCUAAUAUUACUUCUACGAGUUACGUAUUUAUAAUUAGUUUUUUUGAAAUGUAUCGCUUAAAUGGCAUUUAUUGUUUUAAAGCAAUCAUGUUAGAGUAACAUAUUAUAAAGGCAACGCUGUUAUAUGAUUUGUAUUUCAAGUGUUCCUCCUAAAUCAGCCACGGUUAUUUUUUUUUAUAUUAGGAAAACCCAAAUUUGUCCUAAUAUAGUGUUAUACCUUUUUAAAUAUAGUCCUAAUUUUUUUUUUUUCGGCCAAUUUUGAAUAUACCAUUAAGUAUUAUGUUUAACUAAAGAUCCAAAAGUAAAAUAUUAAAUGCAACAUCGUAAUUUAAUACAUUUUAUUUUGUUAUACUUUAAAAUGUACGGUUUGUCUUCUGCAAAUACUCUUGGAUUUCUCCUUAUUUUUAUGGUGAAUAAAUUGUAUACAGUCAAGAUACGGCACCCCGCUUUCUAUAUACUAUUAGUUUAUAAACUAUGGAUCUUUGUUCAAAUCUUGACCCCUUUGUUAAUUCAGUAAAUUUUAUUGUAAUAUACAUUUUUUUGCUCACGGAAAUAUUUAUGAACAUAUUUGAACGGUAAGAAUUCAAUUCAUAUUUUAUGCACGUGACGUAUAACACAAAAACUCCAAAUAUUUUUGUGUUUAUAUGUAAUAUAUAUGAUAUAAAGCUCCGGUUCCUAUUGCAAUUCAUGCAUUGUAAACAGAUAACAAGUAACAAAUGUAGGUGUUUCUUAAUUUGAUGUUUUGAAGAUUAACUUACUGGAAUUUUUUCCUAACGUCAACAAUUAUUAUUCCUGGUCAUCAGGUUUGGUAGAUACGUUUUCAAUUUAAAUUUGAUAAUGUAAUAUACCAUCUCCGUCUUUCUAACAGGGGUUAUAGCAAAAAUUCAUUCAAGUAUAACAAACUAAAAGGCCUUCAAAAUCAAUUUCCAUGAUAAGACACCUACUAAAAAGUGUGUAAAUAACAACUUCGUCGGUGUUUCACAUUUAUUUUUUGAAUACUUAACAAAGGUGAAAAAAUUCGUAAUUUGCGCGUUUUUCUAUUUAAUACAUAAACUUUUUUAAGAAUUAAUAUUUCGUUUAACACUAACGAAUUCGUCCAUGUACUAAUAUCGUCUAUACAUUUGAUUAUAGGUAUUUUAUGUCAAAAUCCCAUUAUAAAGUCCUUUUCGUUUGUUUUAAACGAACAAAAAUUUACUGAAUUUCCCGAUAGAAAGACACAGAUGGCCACAAAUUCAACGGCCUCUUAAAAUGCAAUUAUUGUUAUUAAUAUAUUGUAUACACUGUUUAUAAUAUACAGACACAAAGUCCUACUAUAAAUAAAAUAUUAAAGAGUAACAACGUAUUAGUACAGAAUGAUAACCAAUAAAUAUAGAAAUAUUGAAAAUAAAUAGCAAAUAUACAAUCUAUAAAAUCUUUAGGUUAAAAAUAAAAAUUAUAGCUGAAACCACUAUAUAAAACUAAAUAAAAUCGAGCACAUUAUAAAAGGUACUUGUGUGUACAGUGACGUGAAAUGGCCUGAGCAAAUAUAGCAAACCAAUCGUUUUAUGCCUCCAGACAUUUUUUUAAAUUUCUAUUCAAGUACCUACUUAUAAUUUCUAUAUACAAAAUGAAUCAUUUGUUUAGUAGGUAAACAAUUUUAAUUUUAUGAUGGAGCAGCUACCAUGUGUAACAGUGUGGCACAUUUAUCUACAAAAUAUUAUGUGGAGGUACGUCAAACUAUUUAGUUUUAUGUUCACUUAUACAAUUUUUAUUAUUUUAAUAAUUCAAUACUUAUUUUUGAAAUUUUAUAAAAAAAAAACACACUAUUAAGUCAAAACUAAUUGUUUAUUGGGAUCAGGAUUUACCGAGAAAAUUGGAGUAUUGAUGGGUUAGAAAAUUAAAAAUUCCCCACAACUCUCUAAAAUUGAGACAAAUUUAUGCCACUGUGUGUGUAUUAAUAAAUUAGCAGGAGAAUUUAACUGACAAGUUUUGCUGGAGGCAUGUGGAUAGAAUGGUUUACGGUUUUAAGUAUUAAGCGUAUUAAUUUGAUGUGUUUAAGGGACAAAAGUUCAUGCAAAUAAGUUUCACCGAAUAUACAAAAUAUCAACAAUAUGAAAAGCAGAUGAAUAAAGCGAGAUUAACAAAGUUUAAAACAUUGUGGUAAUAACCAUGUAGUUACUGAUUCAAUUCGGCCUGUUUUUUGUAGCAUUGUUAAUCCAGAUUAAGGGACAAUACUCCGGGUUUCGCUCUUCGAUCUGAAUAAUAUCCGGCUGCGACCCACGCAGUAAUUAAUCAAAAUACGUUUGGCAUUCGACCCAACCUCCCCUCUCCCAGAAAAAAAAAAUAUCGAUUGUUUAAAAUUAUAAUCCUUAAAACGAUAACAUAUUCAGCCAUAUCUCGGCGAAUACAUCGAAAACGUAUACAGAAUUUGAGGAUUAUGACGCGAUAACAACAAUGCAUAGUAUAUUAGAGGCGGAUUUAUUCCGCAGACGUUCGACGCAAGUAACACGCUUUUUUUUGCCGAAAACCGGCAAACUUUUGCGCACAGCAUCCUCCGCUCGGACAUCAGCCGUAUACUUUAUAAUAUUAUAAUAUUCUGCGUAGCCCCGGUGUUGAUCCUAAGGUCAGAAAUGUUGUUAGCCCGCGUAAUGCUCGCAGCAGACAACGCGCGGUGAGAACUUUUAAAAAUACAACACGGAUUUACUAUAUCUGUAAGAUGGUUUUUUUUUUUUCUUCAAUACCGUUUUAUUUUUGUAUACGAUAUUUAUGUACAGAUCGUAUCGCGCGCACGCGCGCGCGCUCGACCGCGCGGACCGUCGCAACGUGUCAGUCACACAAAAUUAAUCUCUUUAAUAUUAUUAUUAUUACGCUGGCGCUCGCGAAAAAACUGCUAUUAUAAUAUCGCGGCGUUAUAGGUAUUCUACUCCACCGCCGCCCGUCUUGCGGGCGAUCGUUCAGCCGGCCAAAAAACCGUCAGCCGCUUUGAUAUCAUCAUAUUAUUUGAAUGCCAUUAAUCGGUCGUUAAAAACCGAAACAAUUAACAUAUUUUUAUUUAUUUUUUUUUUUUCCGGUCGCGCCAACACGUUGCGUUACGGCGUGUACACGCGUGCAUGUCAUAUACGGAGGAGCAAUAGUAGGUAUUAUAGCGAAGACUAGAGAGCGAACAUUUUCGCGGUUUUGGCAAGUAAAUAUUAUAUUUUGCGGGUCGGUCGACCGUCAUAAUAUUGCACUGAACUCGACACGACGCCGUGAUCGGCGAUCUAAUGACGACGUGACGCACUGUAAUGAUAUUAUGGCGAAUGGCGAUCAUAGCGUCGUGGACAUGUGACCAAUGACAUAAUGUGACAUAAUUAUUACAUAAUUUAUAUUAUAUAUAUAUAUAUAUAUAUAUAUAUAUGUACACACCAUAAAGUGUUUGGGAACUUUAUUUUAAUAAGGAAUUAGUUAAUUUUGCUCGAAUGGAACUAAUUCUUUUCCGCGUUCUAAACAAAAGGACGUCCUCGAAUAAAAGUAACAAUCAUUAAUUUGCUUUGUGUACUUUUUUUUUUUAUUAUUAUCAUGAGUAAUAUUUAAUUUAUGUUCGAUAUUAGGUAAAAUUUCAAUCUUACGAUCUUAUAAACUUGGUUCUGUUGAACACAAAUUUCCUAUGUUGUGCAUUAUUAAAACCGGAGACAACAAAUUAACACUAUAACGUGCCAAUUAUCGUUUUCGAAUUUCGAUUCUUAAUUUUCAAAAAAAUUGAAUUUUUACGAAAUUGUGUGUACAAAAAUAAAAAGCCGACAAUUAAAUUGAAAAAUGUGAUCUAACCAGAUCUCGUUUACGCUUCAUGCUAAUCAAAUAUGUUUCUGAAUUGUUAUUCCUUCAAUACAUCGAUCAGACUGAUUGAGAGAAAAUUAGUCUAAAUUUUUGUAUUACAUUAUAUAAAAAAAUAAAAUAUUAGUAUCCUAACCCGGUUAGUAAUAUUGUAAAACGGAGAUGGUGCGUGUAUUUUUAAUUUUGAGCGAUGCAAGAAAUUUAUUUUAUUUUACUAUGUAUUAUUGUGAUGCACCCUUUUUACAGUAGGUCAACAAUUUUUCGGCUAGAAGCCUUUGGCUUCAAUCAUCACCUCUAUGAACAAUUCCUGGUACCAAAUUUUGUCUAGUCGGUCAUCAUUUUUCAUGUUCAAUCGCUAUGGUUACCCUACCUUAGAACAAUGGCCGUGACAUUUUUUUUUUGUUUUUCAUAAGAUUAAGUGCGUGAGAGGGUCUAAAACUUUGGCCACCACAAAUAAAACUGCAAAAGCGGCACGCGUCGUUACCAUAUGCAAUUUACUUUUACCGGAGGUGAGAAUGUGACGUGCGAUACCUACCCCGAAUAUUUAUUUAUGUAUAUUAUGUAUAUUUAUAUAUACAUACACGCAUACAUACAUACAUACAUACAUACAUACAUACAUACAUACAUAUAAGUAAUAUACAGGGUUAUUCACUCAACUGAAAACACUAUAUUCGGGAAGUAUUAACUUUUUUCGAAAUUUUUAUUUUUUGAAAACUUAAGAAUCAAAUAGUUUUAAAAUGUUACGUUAAAUGUCUAUUUUUCAUUUUUAAAUAGCAACUUAUUUUUAAAAUGCCUUUAUUAGAACGAGUAUUAUUCAAAAUAAAUGUUGUGACUGACAUUUUUGAUUUCCGUCAACCCGUUGACGAGAUAUUACACUUUUAAGUUAUUGGAGGGGGAGAGAGUAGUGAUGUUAAGUUAAAAUUCUGUACGCAAUUCGUUACAUUACAUUGACAGUUAAUGUAUUACACUGGGCGUUUUAAGUGAUAACAGUGUAAAAUCUCCCAAAGUAUAAAGGUUAUAACUGAUAAUCUCUACUACAUACAGACAAUGUUCAUGAUACAGACGAUGAAGCCGAUUCACGAUAGUAAAGAUAUAUCUUAAUCUAUGUUAUCGAUUAGCUAAAAACACGGUGUAACUUGUAAUGAUAAUACAUUACCUACAAGAUCACCCAUUGAAAAUAUUUUUUUUCAGUAAUACUAAUACAGUGUCUAUUUUGAUAUAAUUGCUAUAACAAUUAAAAUUAUAAUACAGGGAUUAUGUCACAAAUGGUUUUUUUUUUUAAUCUUUUAUUUAAUAAUUUAUCAAAUAUAUAAGUAAUUUUAAUUAAUACCUACACUUUUGAGUUGGAUACUUGCCAAAGGAAAUAUACAAUUAAUUGGUAAUUUUUAGCUAGGUAAAUGUACAAAAUAUCUUAAAAUAUAUAUUAUUAUUAUUAUUAUGUACCUAUACAAAUUUUAAUUUUUUUGAUUUUAAGUGAAUCAAUAAGUUUUGUUUUAAUAUACAUGGAAUACCGAAUAUGCAUUACUGACUUGUUAUACCUAUCAAUACUAUUCAUAUUUUGAUAACAACUACCAAGCUUGAUUUACAAUCUAAUUACACUUUAAAACAGUACCAGCCAUACUUUUUUUCAUACUAAAAUUUGGCAUAUUAGUGAUCUAACAUAAUAUAAAUUAACUAAAAAUAUCUUUAGCUUAAUGAUUUGAACUUUGUUGGAUACAUUUGCUAUCUUAUGCUAAUUUGCUAUCUUCAAGGAAAAUCAUAAAAUAAGGAUGAAACGGUGUUGUAACAUUUCAAUAUUAUAAUAGCUAGGUUGAUUAAUUGAAGUAUUAUUUUUAAGAACAAUUUUCAAUUUGGAACAAGUAAAAAAAAAAGUAUUAUAUUUUAAUAUUUUACUAGACGACAAAAUUAAUCAGGUGUGCAUAAUUAUUUUUAAUUAUUGUUUAACUGUAUUACUCCUAAAGAUUUUUACUGUCUAUUUUUAGACAGUGAAAUUAAUUUCAAAGAAGCUAUGACAAAAAUCAAGUUCAACCAACUGCAAGAAGAAAACUGUUAUCAAAACUACAUACCUUUGUACAUGUUUUAUUUUUAAAUGUUUUUUUCUAGUUAAGUUGAAGAACGUUACAACAUCAAUCAUUUAAACUUAAAAAUAGUUUGAUAUCAAUUAAUUUAACAAAAAAUUAAAUAACAAAAAUGUGUAAACAUAUAACUGUGUAGUUAUUAAUGUUUAACUAAUAAUAAUAUUAUUUAUAAAUUAACAGUACUCGUGUAAACUAUAUGCUAUUUACUAAAUAUUUUUACUUAAAAUUAUAUCUAUCUAUUGUGUAACAUGCAAUAUAACAGUGCUUAAUAUCGACGAUCCUUCUAUAAAUGAUUGGUGUUUUAACCUUUUUGUUAUUAAAUAAUAAGUACAGUAUAAACUCAAUUAACCGUCAGUCACGGGACCGGGACUAUGACGGUUAAUCGAAUAUACGGUCAACAGAAAUUUCGCAACAAACGUAUAUAUUUUACCGUAUACAUAAAAACGGGCCCUAAUGAAUUGAAAUCUUAUAAGAUAUAUAUUUUAUAUUCUAUGCAUAGCAAGGAAUGUAUUGGUUUUACUAUGUUGUUUUUAUUUUAUUUAUGAUAUUUCUUUAUUGCAAGGGCUUAUCCCAGACUUUAAUAUGUCAAGUUCUAUAACUACAUAUUUACAAUAAAAUAAAAAGUAAAAACAAAAUUAUUAAAACGGUUAAUACUCGGUAAAUAAAUAGGGUAUUCAUGUAUUAUGACUUAUUUUAAUUUGUCUGUAUUUAUUUUAUGUCAAGUGUAGCUACAACAUUCCAUUCUACAAUUUAUUAUUGUAUUCGUUUUAAUAAUUUAGUAUUGUAUUGUACUACCUAUUAUUUAUCCAAUGGAGUGAACAAAAUUGUCUUCCUCUAAACAUUAACAUCCUAUUAACAAAUGCUAAAUAAUCUCUUUUACACGUAGUAAAAGUCCAAUAAUAUUUCAGUUUCAAAUUAAUAACUAUUCUCUUGAUAGAAUAAAUUAGAUUAAAGACUUGGGUGUAGAUUUUUAAAAUGAUUUAUUGUUCAAAUUAAACCAUAGAAUGAUAAUAUUCAAAUCAUAUAAAAUGCUAGGUUUUAUCAAUACAAAUAUUAAAGAGUUUAAAAACACUAUAUGUGUCAUUAGUAAGAUCUAACCUCAAAUUUGAUUCAUUUAUUUGGUCUUAUAAAUUUUCAAAAAAAAUUGCAUAUGUUUCCGAUAAUAUAUCACUGGAGAUACAGUUAUUCAUUAAUGUUGUUGAAAAUUUCUUGAGCCUAUACUCACUAAAUGCAAGACAUAAAUUAACAGAUGUUAUGUUAGUAUACAAUAUUUUAAACAACUCCAUUGACUAUUCUGACACUCCUGAGCUAUUGGCUGAAAUUGGUAAAAAUUAGUAGAAACACUAGGAACUUAAGAUUUAUAACUGUGUAAAACAUGAUAUAAACAAAAAACGAUAACGUCACAAUAAUGGCUAAUAAUUAACUAUGGUCACAAUACUAAAUCACACUAAUUACAGAUAUUCACAAUAAAUGUAUUGUCAUAGAUAGAAUAGUAGAAUACAAUAUUAAAGUAACCGUUACAACUAAGUUUACAGGUCUAUGGAUAAAGUAUGGUUUUGGCGUGUCAGUAGCAUCGAAUUAUAAAUUAUCUUAUAGUUCAAUGGUCAUUCAAAGGUAAUGUGUUAUCAUCACAAUUUACUAAUCUUAAAAGAGUAAUUUAAAUCUAGGUUGCACAUAAUCACGAGUCGGCCUAAUCAGAUGACGCCAUCAUUUGUAUGUAGUAGAGAUUAUCAGUUAUCACCUUUAUACUUUGAGAGCUUUUAUACUGUUAUCACUUAAAACUCCUGGUGUAACGAACUGCGCACGGAAUUUUAAUUUUACAUUACUCUUCUCCUCUCGCCCAAAACUUAAAAGUGAAAUAUCUCGUCAACGGGUUCAUCCAAAUCCAAAAUUUAUUUUAAAGAAUACUCCAUCUAUUUAAGGCCUUUUCAAAAAAGGUUGCUAUUUGAAAAUCAAAAGUAGGUGGUCGUUUCACCCCCAAAAAUAAGGGGUACAAAAAAAAUUAUAACUUAACAAUUUAGAACUAUUUGUUCUAAACUUUCCGAGAUAAUGAGUGCUUCCAGUUGGGUGAAUCACCCUGUAUACUAUAUGCUUCCCAAUUACCUACGUGAGUUGACCGUGAACACAAAUCUGUCAAAAAGCAUACUACAAGCCAAUAUCGAUCGAAUUUUGUGGAGGUAUAUAAUAUGGUUGUGGCGAAUAGGAAGGUGCAGGCCACCAAAAUCUUCAAUUGUGGAUUUCAUAAAGACUGAAAACGUAGUUAUCAAACACGUUUGAUGUCGAGCUUAUAGAGAAAAAUUGCGACGUGAAUUCCAAUAAAGUCACGGAUUUAUGAAUGCGAUAUUUUCCAAUUUUUAUGUAAUACCCUACUGUUGUAAAAAAACGUGAAUUGUUCAAACGUGACUAUUAUUAUACCUAUGUAUACCUUAGAACAACUUCAGCAGAAACGCAUGGGUGUACAGUAUUAAAACAAAAGACUAUAUAGGUGAGCCGCUAAACAAGGUGAGAAGUUAGGAAGUUACAAUAUAUAGUAUACAUAAACUGUUAAUUUAAUUUAUAAUAUCUGUACGCAAUUAUGAUAACGACAAACGAUUUUGAACAAAGUUCAAUUAAAGCUGUUCUGCAAAACUUAAAUUUAAAAAUCGUAUUAAUUUUAAGUUUAAAAACUACAAAAUAAAAUACAAUUAUCCAUGGUUUUCGUCUUAAAAUUUUGAACAUUUUUAUAAGGCCAAAUAAUCUUAUUCAUAUUAAUCGAAAAAAAGUACGCAAAAUGCCGAGAUUUUGAUGAUUUUUAUCAAAAUUCGACUUUAAAAAGUUCAUAAAAAAAAACUACUACAUUGUACUCAAUUUUUUGUUUAGCAUUUUACUACUUUACUAUCCUUUACUACUAAGUAAAAAUUAUAAUGAACCUUCUAUUAAAUUUUCAAACAUUUCUGUUUCGUGUAGUAAUUUUAUCAAUAGAGUACCUACCAAAAAAAACUCACAACAUAAAAAUAUCUAUAAGAUACAACUUUAACUUUUACAUCAAAAUAAUAAGUCUCAGUGAAUAUAUUUGUUAUCUGAUUUACAACAAAAUAACAAAAUUUAAAAUAAUAAAAGCAUUAUUUUUGUAAAUUUCCCUGAUUUUCUACACUUUUUUCAGUUUUGCUCAGUUAUUAAAAAAAACUACAGAGAAAAUCAAAAAAUAACUUUCUUAUUCACCAAAUUAAUUAAAAACGUAACAAAAUUGGUUUCUUCUCAUUUUUUGAUAUAAAAAAUAAAUCUAGUAGAAAAUAUAGUUUGCAAAAUUAAACACAAUGCAAUUGAUAAAGCCGCAAUGCUUGAUACAUCGGAGCAGGAUUUCUUUUUUUCAAAAAGUUCUUUACAGGAAAAAUGAAAAAAUAAACACACACACACGUCAUAGUAAAACCUAUAGAUUCCUCGUUACGCUUCAAAUCUACUUUAUAUCCCAUAUUUGUGUCACUAAUUUAUUACCAAAAUGCAACAAAAAAGGUAUUUUGCCAUUUUUUUUUUUUUUUUUGACUAGAUCAUUUCUGGUAGAAAAGUUACUCGCAAACACCAAAAAAAAAAUUGCCGCAUUAUAUUAAAACCAAUACAUUCCAAGUAACGGGUGAAAUUUAAAUUAUUAAAAAUUGUAGGCAUGCAACUUUUUUCUUUUAAGUGUGUAAAUUUAACAAUAAUUAUUUAAAAUAUUUUAUAGGUAUAUAAACGGCAUGAAACCCACUACUUUUUAUACGUUUAGCAUCAGAAUUUAAAAUGAAAAAUUCAAGUGCGAGAUUAUUAAAUUUCUUAUUUUAUAUUACUCUGCGAAAAAUAGUUGUUGAACAACAUAUUAUUACAUUUUAACAUAGUGUAUGCACUAAUAUUUCGAUUAGUUACACUAUCCCAGCUGGACGAAUUAUACUAUUGCGCAUGUAAUGACUGCACAGUUUUGCAAUGUUGGAAUAUUUGUCGAAUUUAAGAAAAUACAACAGAGAAUAUAUUCUAAUUAGCAUUUCUUCAAAUUCUAAAUUCUAACAUUAUAACAAAAUAAAAAUUAUUGAAACCAUAGUUUCAUUUCAUAAAAUUCAAUGAUGCUCAAAUUUUAAAUGCACAUAUAAAAACAAAAAUUAAAGUAUGUAGGCCACUGUUCUUGGAGGGAAAUUGAAAAAAGUAUACCUAAAGUAAUUUAACAAUGGUAAAUUAUUACAAAUGGUAUACAGUUCUUAAUACUCGUAGAGUAGUAUGAUUCGUUUUUAUUCCCAUAUUGUCACGGGAAUCCAGAAAAUAAAAACUGCCUAGGAAGUAAACAGUUGAACAUUUGGAUAAAUGUUUCAAAUAGAAUACCAUCGAGCAAAAAUUCCGCAUAUUUCGAAGUACUAGUAAAUAAAUUGGAGAAUUUAACGAACCAAAGAAAUAGUGUUUGAAAAAAUAUGAAAAGCAAUUUUUUGUAAAAAGUAUUAGGAAUUUCGAAAAAUUAUACAUUUUAUAAAUUUAUAUAGCUAUAUUAUUAAAAUAAAGUAUUAUCCAACGAAAGAUCUACAAAUUGUACAGUACUAAUAUCAUGAAGAAAUCGGAGCAUUUUUAUUAACCGAGAAAAAUUAUACACCUUAGUAAAACUUAUAAAUUCUCUGUUAAACUCAGAACCUAAAAUUACGAUAAUGUCCAUCGAUUUUUAAUAUUAUAUUUGUAUAGUUCUGAUUCAUUUGUUUUAUUUAUGAAAAUACCGUCACAUGUAUGGUUUAUACUACCCCCAUCAAUAACAUAAACAUAGGUAUAUUUUAUGGUAAAAUCAAUACCUUACCAUACGAACUACCCUACAGCUCUCUCCCACAUCAAAUUUCAAAACAUUUGUUGUAAAUUAUUAUAAAUACAUAUGUAUAUUAUACAUAAAUAAUACGUCGUUUAAAUUAUUAUUAGUGUCUCUUAAAGUUUCUUGAGUGGGUAUACAAUUUAAACAUUUAUUUAGUUUUCAAAAUGAUAUGUAUGUCAGAUAUUUAUCCUUAAACUGGUACAGCUUUACUAAACAAAUAUUAUUAUUAAAUUUUGAUGAACGGAAUAAUUUCAGUUAUGUUAUAAUAUUAUUAAAUCUGAAAACGUAAACGUACGCACUUUGGAAGGCCUUAGUAUGGGGGAUUGGUUUUUAUGUAGUAGUUAGACUUUACUAGUACCUAUUUUUUUUAUAAAUAUCUGUUUAAUAAUUUAUGUUUCGAAUCUGAAUUACCUUCUUAAAAUAAUAUUUUAAUAUUUUAAAUAAUUGUAUAAAAGUUUUAAUAAUUAUUAUGUUUAUGAUAUUUUUAUGUUCUAUAAAUAACACUUUAUGUCCCAGCUAAGGUCUCUUCUUUUUGAAGUGUAAGUCCCUCAAUAAUGAGGGACAUCAAAUUAAAUGCUGGCCGCUUUUUGCUUUUAUGUGGAAUUUACUAGUGAGAGAACAACAAUUAUAAUUUUUAGAAAGAUAUCGAUAAAAUGAUAUAGAGAAUCGAUAUAAAUACUCGUAGAACCUCAGCAAUAGCACUAAGCUAUUUAGCAUAAUACCCAGCGUAUGAUAAGUAUUAGCACAUGCAAAAAAUAUUGGCAACGAGUCUUUUAGAAUCAGAAGAGGCUGCUUCAUAGACAGAAAUACAUAAACUUCACAUUAUAAAUGGAAUGGUAACUCCACACAUACGCAGAUCAACGACAAAUCAAAAUUGAAAGUUAAAAAUGCAAUCAGGUUGAAAGACAUUCACAUUACAUAUACACCAUUACGGCAAAGCUCCUCAAAUCGAGACGGAGUUUUAUACACAGUACAAAGAAAGAUUGCCUUAAAACAACACAAGAAAGAUAGAAAUAAAAUAUUCUAUUACGAGUUAAUGAACCGAUAUGUACACGAACAAUAAAAAAACUAACGCCAGAACAAAACAUGAAAUACAAAACUACAAAACACGCAAACUACUUAAUUGACUGAGAUCAGGGGUAGCUAAAAAUAAUACAAAUUUAAGAACAUUUAAAAAAAAUGAACUGUGCGAAUCUGGAAGCGUUCCAGGAAAAGUCACCUACUGUAAUGGCCAAUAACGGGAACUCAUUCCGAAUGGAUGGAUCUGUUUUUCAACUCAAAUGAUAUGGUCACGUAAAUGAUCAUUGAUCAUUUAUCAAUUACUCAAAAGAUUAAAAGAGAAAGUUAAGCUGACUGACAUGAGACUAACUAAUUAACUAUCUAUAUAAUUAAAAAUUGUAUUUUUAUCUUUAAUAGAUCUAUUGAUUUGCUUAUAUUCUUCCCAAUACCGGUAAGGAUUAAUUCCAAAGAUUAUCGCUUUUAAUAUGUACACUCUGUAUGGUUGUAAUAAUAACAAUAUUGACCUAUAUCGUACUAACUGCGUUAUCGUGAUAGCGUGAAAAUAUUCAGAUAGCUGUUUUAACAUCGUUCUCUCCUGAAAAUUCACCCUUUUUUUUAAACUUCAUGAACACAGCAAACGAUAUUAAAAGUAAUGGAUAAUAAUAAUACUACAUAAGCUUUGCUCGUGGAAAUUGCCAAUGACCUUCUGCCGCAAUUACUAUAAAUGCCAAUACCAUCAUGUAUAAUAUUAUUAUUAUGAAACCGCUUGACAAUAUAAUACUUUGCAUCUUAUAACAAUAAUAUUUAUAACUAACCUGUCCGUUCGGAAUAACAAAAAUAAAUCUACCGAAAAAAAAAAACCAAUCAUAACACAAAAAACACCAUCACCGAUAAAAAUCCUCAACUAUAUCAAAAUUGUGUAAUAUACUUGGUAUUAUUCGCACGGGACAGAUUUCGUUUCUGAACGCCCUCGGAAAUAACAAUAAUAAUAUGAAAUAAAUCGUAAAAACUUUUAAGCCAAAGCUGACAUUGAAAAUAUCUAAUUUUAUUGAAAAGCCGAAUCCAAAAGCGCCCAUUUUUUAAUCAAUAAAUCAAGAUUUUCCCUUUGUAUAAUAUACAGUAAACUAACGAUUAUCCGAGGUCCUUAUCGUCCACGGAGCCGAGUUUAUUUUAACAAAUACAAAUUAUGUGUUAUGAUUUUUUUUUUUUUUUUAAGAAAAUAAUAAUAUAAACGAUGAUAGUAUGUGUAAUCAUUACAUUUUUUAAUUAUUGCAUAAUGUAAUAAUUUAAUGAUAAUAAAACACGUUAAACGCGGUUUUAUGUUAAUUUUCAGCCUAUUUCGGAUUAUAUCCGCGAAAUUCACUUAUCACUGGUGGCCGCGCAACUCAAUUCCGCGGAUAAUCGAGAGUUUAUUAGUACUACAGCUAAGCUCUAAUAUAAUAACAUAAACUUAUAUUUCAAAAUGAAGUCACUAAAUAAAUAUUUUUAGUCGUGGCAUUUUUAAGCCGGUGAUUAGCCAUUUUAACCCUGUAGUCUUACGCACGCCACUGCAGAAUUGUUUUUUCGUUUGUUCAGAAUUCAGAUAACUUGUGCGUGGCCUAAUACGCAGAUGAUAUUUUGACGACGGUGUUUAUUAAUGUGACAGAGUAUCAUAUAAGAACCGUUUGUCAAAUCACGAAACCGCACAUGAAAUACGAGUAACACUUGCACAUCAAAUAUAUUUCACGAAACGUGUAACGCGUCGCGGCGCUUUUAACCGCCGCGGCUUUGGCGUUUUCAAUGGAAUAUUAUUACGACCGGCGUAUACACCACUGUGUCUCGAGUUUUCCCGCGUCGUGCAGAACUUGAUUCAGUGACGUGUUGAACUAUUGUGUUUGCCUAAAGAGUCUGGAUUUUCAUACAUAUAUUUUAACAUAGGUAUACUAUCACACAACUCAUUAGUUUUAUUUGAACAAACUCACCAAAAAUUACAAAAAUCUACAGUAUACAAUAUUAUAACAUGUUUGAUAUCAUGUACAAUUUCCUUUGGCGUUAAAUUCUUAAUUUAUAAUAUUUGAUUAUUUUACUAGUACCUGCCUAUAUUGUAUAUUACUAUUAAAUUUACCUAACUGUCUGCAAUUUAUUACCCACGUCCACAUAAAUUUAAAACGGAACGAAGGCUCCUCAAAACCAUAUUGUCAACACGCCACUAGCUCAUUUGAUUUGUACACAAAGUAUAAAUAUACUCAACACUUGUAUACUUACGGAUUAUCAUCUUAGAAUCGACGUAAUGUCAAAAAAACCAUAUUCGGAUCAUACGCGUAAUAAUAUUUCUGCAAUACUCGGUUUUUGAUAGACGUUUUUGACGAACCUGUACAUAUUAUAUAUCACCAAAUAAUAUUAUAAUACUACGAGUAUACAUCAAAUCCAUAGAUUAUAAAGUUAAUAUAUUUAUGGUUUUUUUUUUUUUCUGACAAUGGAUUCGAUUUCUGGAUACUAUAUUUACGCGUAUUACAUUGAGUAAUGUCGUAUAAUAUGGCGUUAUCGAAUAUGGACCCGCUCGAUUUCGAAAUCAAUACACAUCGGAAAUAAAAAAGAAAAUUAUAACAAAAAUCUUUCAGUUCCCAAAAAACGUACCACCCCAUAACCCACAUAUAAUACAUCUAAAUAAUUCAUUUGAAGAAAUAUAUUACCUAUUUGUAUUCGCUCGAAUGAUCGUAAUAUAAUAACAUUAUUUUGUCUACAUAAAUUUUCAUACGGUACUAUCGUCUUUAAAAUAACCCAAUAGUAAAUUGAUAUUUUAAUAACAAUUGGAUUUUCAUCGGUUUGUAUAGUAUAAUAUAAUAUUAUACAGGGCAUAUCAUAUACCCAUAUACACAUUGCAAUUUCUCCUGAGAUGAUAAAUAUAAUUAAAUUCUGUUGGUGUUUUUUUUUUUUUCAUAUUACACACAGGGAUAAGGACUAAAAAUAUUUAUAUUUGAAUACAAUUUUUAUGUUUUGUUAAAAAAAUAACUUUUUAUUUUAUUAUUUUUGAAAAUUUUUGAAAUUGCCAUUUCGUAAACUAUUCUUCUGAAAUGUUGACGUUUUAAUUUUUAAUUUUUAUUAUAUUCGUGAUUCUUAACAAGUUUUCAAGUUAAGAGAAAAAAAUGUACAGUCAAUCACCUAUAAUAAUAAUAAUAAUAAUAGUAAUAGUCAAUUAGCAAUUUGUUUACAGAAAUAUACAAAUUUAAUUCAAAUAUAAAUAUAUGUAGUCCUUAACCCUAUGGAUAACAUAAAAAAAAAACUGAAUUUGUUUUAUUUUUUUUAUCUCCAGAAAUAUAACAAUGGGUAUAUCUUCUUAGAACAGACUGUAGAAUUACAAACGUUACCCGUAACUUCGUUCACAAAGAUUUUUAUAGUGCAUUUUCUACAGGGUGUAUAAAAGAUAACUUAAUAAAAUGUAAAAUAAUAUACUUCAAUAGUCUGUAAUAGUAACAAAUAUUUUUAAACUAUUUAUAUCAUAUUAGCUAACUUAUAAUUAUGAAACAAUUUCCUAUAGUUGAAUUUCACAUGUUCUACGUUUCCUUAAAGUUAUCUGCAUAGGACACAUUUAUAGAAAAAUCCAUUGUUUACUUAUGUGAUCUCAUCGUACCUUUCAAUCAUAAUAGGUGUAGAGUUAUUUUCCCACUUUAAAUUCCACCCCUUAGGUCUUAAGGGGUGGAAUUUCCGAACUAACUUAUAAUUUUAGGUUAAAGGUUGGUAGUCAUGAUUGAGCUAUAUCUACAUUUGCAAAAAUGAUCACUCUAAAUUUGAACCACUAAAAGUCAUACAUUUUUAAAAAAUUAGAGAUUAGGUAGAUUGUGUCGGCUCCAACACUAUUUACGCAUAAAUGUACCUACGUUGUACAUAAAAAAAUAUCAAGGUCUAUGGCGUUUUAGCAUUUAUUCAUUUUACACUGAAAACAAAAAAUGUUCCCACGUGAAUGAGAUAUUUUUACAGCAACGUUGAAGAAGAACAAACACUAUCGCAUAAUAUAAAUAUAGAGUUAUACAGAAGUUUAUAUUCAUGCAUUUUAUUGAGUUGAAUACACAAUACUAAUAGCUGAUUACUAAAUACUAAAAUUGUAAAAAAUAUUUCGAACUAUGUUUAAGCCACUGUCUUAGAUAAGAAGUUUAGAAGGUUGUAUGCACAUUUUACUGAGAGCUAAAUAAAAGCUCCAAUAAAUAAUUUCAAUCAAAAACGAAUAAAAUAUGUGAAUAAUGUAAAUAAUUUGAAGCGUUUUUACUAACUCAAAAGGUAUAUUUCGAGAAAAAUCACAUAUUAGUAAAACUAUCUAAUAUCCCUACACUACACUCAAGAAAUUUUAAAAUCGUCGAAUAAAUGUUAAAAUAAUUUUACAGGAUUAUAAUUCGAUGACUCAGUAUACAUUUUUAAAUUUUUUAAAUCUAUUCAAUGAAAAAUGUACUUAUACAGAACUUAUAAAUUUGUUCUCAUUUAACUCACAAUAAUAUUUUAUUGUAAACUUUAUAUUUUUAUACUAAACGAACACAAUAUAUUUACAAACAUAUGUAAAAAGAGAAAACAUAUUUUUCUGGUGCUUUAAAAAAUUUGUGAGUAAACAUAAAUGUUCCAAACUAAUUCCAAUGCCAGCAUAAUAAAUGAGAGUUUGAUUUUAGGUACCUACCUAGGUACAAUGGUUUGUAAUUCCCUUACCAUUAAUUAUUCGAGGUUUUUAGUUUCUUGACCGGUCAAAAUAUCUCCAAAAACAUAUUUCCAGUAAAAAAUACCAUAUAAAAAAAACAAAUAUAUUUCGUGCUAUUGGCAAUUGUUGUAGGUGAAAAGUUUAGAGGGUAGGAUAUAGAGGGGAAUUUAAUGUAAUUCUGUGAAAAUGUUGGUUAUAUCUGCGUUUUUAAAAGCCAUAAUAUUUACAAUUUUCGUCAAAAUUUGAUAUUAAUAUUCUUAUAAAAAAAUUUUAUAUUACGCUCAAUUUUUCUUUUCUUUUUUUAAUCAAAAAUUACGACUUAAAAGGAAUCUCUUGUUAAAUUUUCAAGAAUUAUUGUUUGGUCUAACUAUUUUGUCCACUAAGUAUACCUAUUGAAUAUAAAUUACGUAAAAACUCACAAAAUAAAAAUGUCUAUAAAAGGCAAAUAGAAGUUUUCUGUCCAAAUUUGUAUGUCUUUACGAAUAUUUUAACUAAAACACAACAAAAAACAAAAUUAAAAAUAAUACAUUUUGUAAAUUCACCCUUUUUUCUAGGUUUUUCCCAAUUGUUAUGAAAACCGCUAAGAAAAUCAAAAAAUAACCACCUCAAAGUAGAUAAAAUUUCUUUUUAUAAAAGAUACUACACUUGAAAAUCGAAGCAGUUUCUGGUUGAACAAAAAAUUUAUAUCAUUGUAAUAUAUACAAUAUACAUAUAUUAUAUAGUAAUAUUUUUUAUCUAUAAGUGUUUAUAUUUUUGACGAUAUUUCUUAAAAUAAUUGAGUACAGAUAUGUUAUUAUAAUAACACUAAUAAUUGAUAAUUAAUUAUAUCGUGUCAUUUUUGUAUUUAUGUAUGUAUAAAUGUAUUAAUUUGUAUUGCUAAUUUAACACAUUUUUUAUUUAUAAACUUUUUCGGUUGGUUUCCUGUAAACAGGAAUUCUCUGUAUUAUUAACUUAAUACCAUCUUAAACUUGAAAUAAUAUACCUACUUGUAAUAUAAUAAUAAUUAGGUAUCUAUUUUUUUUUUUUUUUUUGAGUGGAUAGCAAAAAGUGCAUUUAUGUUUGUUUAUAUUCAGUACAACGCCAAAUAAAUUUGUCCACAAGUUCUUUAAAAAAUGAAUGAAGGUACUCCAUUAAUAUUAUUCAUAAUUCGUAAAAAUAUUUAUAUUAGUACUGGAGAUUUUUUUCUAAAGAGAUAUUACUCACAAGAGAUAUUAUUUACUGGAGAUAUUUUGUAUCCGAGACAUUUUAACCGAAGAUAUGGUGCCCUAGAACCGCGAAAUGCUCUACUUUUAAAAACGAAUAUAUCUCUACAAAAUGAAUACCGGUUUGUGCUUAUUAAUUAUUGCGCAACAACUAUUAUAUUUUAUAUUUUACUUUACAAAACUCACAACUUUAUGAAUAGACACUAAGCACUCAGCUACACGAGUUUCCUCAGUUACACUUUCAUUCCUGCUAUGUACCAUCUGAAUCGUAACCAUCCGUCAGCUUUGCUCGAACUCAUCAUGAAGUUCUACAAUUCUACAAAUUUUACAGCUAUAAACUUUCAAAUUAAUUAAAAGUAUGCACAUCACGUGUGAAUAUAUUUUAAUAACCGUUCACAGAAAGUGCUCUUUGCACUUAAUUUCUGGGAAAUACUUUCAUAGUACAUCCAAAAUUAUAUCAUUGAUAACAAGAAUUUAUCAGAAAUGAUAGAACCGCUUUCUUGCUUUAGGCUCUUUAACUAAUAGACUUAUUAAUUACGUUAUCUGUGUAUUGUAUUGAACGUUUCCUGUGAUACCUUAUUACGGAUAUGUUCGAGCAGCUCAUUAUAUGUCUAUGGGUACAUACAGAUAAUAUACAAAUUUCGUUCCGAUGUAUACAGGCUAAUACAAUUUAUAAACGUGUAUACGCAUUUCCAUAAGAACUAAUAAACAAAAUUAGUUGUGUUUUAAUUGUGUCUUGUUUUGUUAUAUUGAUCAUUGAUGGGUAAAGAUUUCAUAUAAACGUAGCGUUACGGUGUGUGGGAAGCGAAGUCCCCUUGGCUUAUAUUUUUACCAAAAGUAUUUUGCACCUAUUGAGCUAAUUCCCUACGGCCGUCCCUGGGUUCAAUAAUAAUAUUGCACUAUAACACGCGAAUUCUAGGACAAAUAUAAACUCAUACAGUAGACCUGAUUACAUCUUUUUUCUUUGUUCUUAAACCAGUUUUAGUGAUACACAAUACAUUUUUCCAAUCAAAAUUAUUAGAGUUCUCAGAAUCGGGUUUUUGCAAUAACGUUUUAUUUUGACACAACAAAAUGGUCGUAUUCGGAGAAUACCACAAUUUUAAGUACUGUUCAUAUCAUUAUAUCAUUAUAAAUUUGUCAGAAAAAAAUUUGAUUUAUUAUACAAAUUAUUAUUGUUGGUUCUAAUCCCCUUGAUUGUGAUCGAAAAAAUUUUACCUUGUGGGAAUUAUCCUAAUUUCCUCAAUACUAACUUAUUAACUUAAUAUUUUUACGAACCGGAACUCUAAAAUUCCAAUUUUAAUCAAAAUCCGGUCCAUUUCGAGCACUGAUCCUAUAUAAUUAAUGUAUUAUAACUUACAAGACAUAUUAUAUUAUUAUGUUUUUUUUAAAAUACGAUUAACAUUUUUUUUUUUCUACCUUUCUAUUAUAAUAUCAUUUAUAAGUGAUUACACUAUCUAGUGUAGGAAUCUACACUAUAUGCCCAUGUAGAGGACUACCUCUACAUUUUGUAGAAGUAAACCAUUCCCCAGGGUAUUUGGUUGAGAGACGCAUUAUUAUCAUGAAUAUGAACACGGGAAUUUUUUUUUUUUUUAAAUGUUUAAUACGAAUAAUAAUAAAUGUUAUCACUUAUUCACGAUGUAUAUUUCAAUUAAAUAAUAAUAAUUAUUAACUAGUUUGUGUCAUUUCCCUGUAUAGUCCGUUUUUUUUUUUUUUGUAGCAAUGAGGAAUAUGUCCAAAUGUCCUACAAUAAUUUUACCCUCUUACACAUUUAUAAAUUGAGAAGGGGGAUAACAAUAUUCAAGAAUAAAUUUACUUCGUUAAUAGUAUACAAUCAUAUUCUUAGCCCCUCUCCCUCAAUAAAUAUAUUCUACGUUUUCUUACAUACCCGACAAAAACCUCCAGAGUUAAAAUACACUAAGGGGGUAAAUAUUUCCUAUAUUAUUCAGACGACCUGCAGGAGGCUGUGUUUGUAAAAAAUCAAUUAACUAGAAAAAUAAAACCACUUUGAUCAUCUCGAUAGGUAACAAUAAGAUAUUUAAAAUGUUCAGUUUUCGCUCUAUAUAUAUACAUAUACGUAUACAGAAUAAUAACAGUGUAAUAAUACUAAAAUAAUAACUAAAUACUAAAAUAUACUCAUUUUCUGAGAUAAUAAAGAUUAUCAAAAUUUUUUUUUUAUUAUUUUACAUUACUCGCAAGGAUAUGAAUUGUAUGUAUUUAUAUUUGGAUUAAAUAUUUAUGUUUUAAUAUAAAACUAAAAAAUUAAUUUUAUUUCAUUAUUUUUAAAAAUAUGAAGAUAGCCAUUUAAUAGAGUAUAUUCAUAAAUUCUAAAAAUUUAACAGAAGAUUCAUUAUAAGUUGAACUUCAAAAAGAAAAAUUUUAUUUUAAUGUACUAUUUCAUUAUUGUAUUUCGACGAAAAUCAUAAAUAUUACGACCUUCUAAAACAUGUAUAACCGAACUCCGCUCAGAAUCGUUUUUCGUCAGCAAUGAUUAAUAGUUGCAUAUAAAUAUACAUUAAAUUCACCUAUAUAUCUUACCUUUCUAACUUCUCACCUAUAACAGUGACCCACUUAUCGUGAGAAGUAUGUCCGUUUUUAAAAACUUUACAAAAUUUUUAAAAAUUACGAAUUUAAUGAAAAUAAAAAGUUGUUACAUCAAAAUUUUCAAAAUAAUAUAUUCUAUAAAAUGACUAUCUUCUAAUUUCUCAAAAAUAAUAAAACAAGUUUUUUUCAAAAAAAGUUUUUAACAAAACAUAAAAAAUUAAUUGAAAUAUACGUUUAUAUUUCUGUGACAACAGAAUUUGAGUAUCUUUAUUAUUUCCGGAGAUAUUCGUGAGACAUUCUGUAAAUACAUUGUCUAUUGUAAUGGUACUGAAAUUUUCCCAAAUGUCCUAAAACUUUAUAUAAAAAAAAAAAGAAUAACAUUAAACCAAAAAAGAAAAUGUGUAUAUUAUUACCUACCAACAUUUGAACUUUAAAAUGCCGAAACCAAAAAAACAAAAGUUAAAUAAAAAUAAGAUAAUCUGAGCCUGUAUAAUGUGAAAUAAACGUGUAUUGCUAAGUUAAAGCAUUUUAACAGAACUUGCAGCGAAAAAAGUUCAAUCGUUUCUAUAAGAUCCCAUCUUUUGUAUAUAAUACUAUAGAUAUAAGGUCUGAUGAUUAAUACAUCUAAAAAAAAAUGUCCACUGUUGAAUUCAAUUAAUAAUAUAUUCUACACUACUAUUAUUAUUGUGUUGAGUAUACAGAAGGAUCAAUCAUUUGAGAGUAUCAUAAGACACUCGUUAUCUCGGAAAUUAUUAACUUUUUUUGGAAUUUGUUUUAUAUAAAAUUUAAGAAACAAGUAGCUCAUUAAUUUUACAUUAAUUUAUUUCUUAUCACCCUUAUUUUUGGGGAUGAAACCACUUCUUACUUUUGAUUUUCAAAUGGCGAUCUAUAUUAAAAAUUCCAUGAAUAAAUGAUGUAUUAGUUUAAAUCAAUUUUGGUGUUGACAUUUCUGAUUUCGGUCAACCCGUUGACAAGAUAUUUCACUUUUAAGUUAUGGUCAUUGUUGCAUUAUUAAAAUGCCACGCACCGGAGUGCCACACAAAUGAUGCUCCUCUACCUAUUUUUAAUGUAAGUUGCCAUUUGAAUAUCAAAUGUAGGUAUAUUUUCUUCAACCCCCAAACAUGAACGGGGCAAAAAUAAUAUAUGAGUAAAUGAAAAAUUGUAGAGCUGCUCGAUUCUUAAAUGUCCUGUAUAAUUCGGAAAACAAUUAAUACUUUCCUAGAUAAUGAUUGUCUUAUUAUAGAUUGAUCAGUUUGUAAAGUAUAAUAUACUAUGCGCGAGUGGCAUCCGCUGUCAUAAAUUGAACAUUUGAUAUUUUAAAAAGUAAUUCAAAAUAAUUAAAAAAUAUCUAGAAUUUGAUAAUGGUACAUUUUUGUGAAUCUAUGUUGUAGUUUUUAAGAUUAAUCAUGGUAACAUACGUUUAAAAUUCUAUGCAGUGUAGAGUUCAAAUAGAAAUAUAAUAGAUUUGAAAUAUUUGAACAGAAUUUAUUUAUUAAAUAUUAUAAUUUUAUUGACAUAUGUAACUUUUAGGUCUGUAUAUCUAUAAAUGCGAAAUUGUAAAUUUCUAGAUUCAGAGGUUAGGUUUUGGGCAUUGGCGAGUGGGUGUUUGAAUGAGUAUAUCGGUGUCUUCUUUUACACAAUGUACUGUACGGUAAAAAUAAGUUACUUAUAUUAUUUUUAUAGUUUUAAUUAAGAAACAAGCAAAAAAAUGAAAAAACGGAAAGUAAAAAGUAAAAGCCGUGGAUAGGUGGAAAGUGGUAAAAUUAUAUAGGUCGUUUUCCUCGGGUCUGGAAAAUAUUCAGCACUUGGUCGCCUUCGCGUGGUGGCCAUCGCAUACUGGGGUAAAGUAUGUUUUAUAAGGGAAAACAAUGUAGAUAGGUAUGUACUUAAAAAUAUACACAACGUAAUAUACAAGUUAUAAAAUGUAAUAUUUAAAUUAGUUUUGCAUGAACAUUAAAAGUGCGGAACGUAGGUACUAUAAAUAAAAUAAAAAUAACAAAACAUUAGGUAAAACAUUUAUAUUAUGUAAAAUAUAAAAUUUUACCAUCUUGGUGGUAGGUAAUAUGUGGUCACCAAAUAAUAAUAAGGUCGCACAAUGGGUGGGCCACUCUUGUAGGUGAAAAGUUAAGAGGGUAGGAUAUAAAGGAAAAUUGAAUGUAUAUCUGUACGCAACUACUAAUUAUUGCUAACGAAAAACGAUUCUGAGUGGAGUUCGUAUAUACAUGUAUAAAAAUUUUCGUCAAGAUUCGAUAAUAAAAUUCAUAUAAAAAAUUCUAUAUUACACUCAAUUUUUUUUUCUACUAAAAAGUUAAACUUACAAUGAACCUCCUGUUAAAUUUUCAUGUGUUUCUGUUUAGACUAACAAUUUUAUCUACAGAGUUUAUACCAAAUAAAAAUUACGUAAAAAACUCGUUAGAUAUAAAUGUCUAUAAAUAACUCCAAAUUGCUAAAAAUGUUUUAAAAGUUUGAUCAAGUAUAGAAAUGGUAAAUAUAAAGUUUUUCUAAAUUUUAAGUCACUAAGAAUAUUUUUAAAUAAAAUACAACAAAAAAAAAAAAUUUAAAUUUAUAUAUUUCGUAAAUUUACCCGUUUUUCCUAUGUGUUUUCUUGGUUUUUCCUAAUUAUUAUGAAAACCACUAAAAGAAUUAAAAAAUAAUCUUAUACUCAUAGUACCAUUCGGAUAAAAUUUUCUUUUAAAAAAGAUACUACACUCGAAUUUGGAGCAAGAUUUCUAAUAGAAAAGUUGUUCAAAGAUAAAAAUAAAAACGAUUAUCAUUACAAAACUAAUACAUUCCUCGCUCCAUUGAAAAUUUAAAAUAGACAAUUUGGAAACGCGGUGCUAACGAAAAAGUUUAAUACUCAAUGGGUAGAUGAGUAAUAAACUUGAAACUUCUGAACUGAAUAAAGAUAAACCGAAAAAAUUAACAUUGUAUUGAAGCGAAUUAAGGGACAAAAUAAUUAGACAUCUACUGCAUUAUAAUAUUUUUACUGUGUGUGGCUUAGAAGGAUUAUUAGAAGCUAUGCUGAAAGAACCAGAAUAUGGAUGGAAUAAACGAAACAAAUUACGUAAGACAAUCAUAAGGAUAUUGGAUAUAUAACUAGGAUUUAAAGAAAUUAAGUUACAAAAGGGAGACAUGAAGAUCUGUGACAAAUGAUUUGAACGAUUAAAGCGAGAAAGAAAAGUUGAAUUUUAGUAAAUAGGUAACUAUAAUUCUACUGUCAAAUAACUAUAAUAUGUAAUAAAUCAUUAUUACUUCAAUUUUUUCGUGGAUACAACAUUACCAUUUUUUUGAAAUAAAAUGCUUUAGAUAAAUAUAUUAUUUUAUACCGUACAAUUCGUACGAAUAAUUUAUAGAUAUUGAACAUUAUGUAUACUAACGGCCAGAUUUAGUAACAAAAAAAAAAGAAUAGAUACAACGUUUUAUCAACCAUAUAUUCAAUAUGAUUCUAGCAGAUUUGGUAAUACUCGCAUAUAAACUAAUAAAUUUAAAAAAAAAUUGUAUUAUCUAGUCAAUAACCAAAGUAUCGAAUAUUAUCGCAAUAGGUAUUUUCCCUGAAAAUAUAGAAUUUGAUAUAUUUUCUAUCUGGACAUUUUUAUUUGUUCCCUCUGUACCAAAAGUUCAUACUCAGACAUUUUUUAAAUAGUUUUUUUUAUUGGCUAAUUGAAGUGAUAAAACUUUUGUUGAAUUGCAAUUUGAACUUCAGUACUUCACGAUGUUGUUUUAGCCUUGUACACCUCUACAAACCUUCAAAAUUAAGCCAGGGAGAUUCAAUUUUAUACAUAAAUAGUGGAAGUAUCAAAAAUGUACCUUUUAAUGGUUUCAACUUUUAGCUCUCUCCCAAACAAUUUGUAUGCUCAGAUUUCAAGUUUUCCUAGAAAAUAACCGAUUUUAAAUGUUCCUGCAAGCUCAUAAAAGUAACUAACAUUGUUUUUAACUUAUAUAAUAUAUAAAUACAAUUGUUGUCGAGAAUGUACCUUUAGAAGGUUUAAACUUCCAAUUCUCGUCUGUUAUCUAAAAUCCCGAGAACUAGUUUAAUUAUUUUGAUCAAACUUUUAUUCAAUUUUUUUUAUUAUUAUAAAAACAAAUUCAACAAGACACCUAUAAACCAAACUCCGCUCAGAAUUAUUUUUCGUUAGCAAUGGUUAAUCGUUGCGUAAAGAUAUAUAUUAAAUUGCCCCUUUACCUUCACAAACUUUUACCUACAAAUGUGGCCCAACCAUCGUGCGAAGUAUGUCCGUCCUUUUUUGUAAUUAUAUUAUUUCACUGUAUGGACCAAAAUAGAGUGUGUAAUCGUUUGUGGGAAACACUAUAGCUCUGCAGGUAUUUAAUAUAUUUGAAUUCUGUUUAUAUAUUCAUCUUUUUGACUGAAGUUAUUCUUUUUUAAACCUCAUGAUAUCUUCCAGUGUUAUUUUUAGUGCCUACUUUGAAGAAGGCAUAAUCCUAUUUCUCUACCGAAAUUUACAUUUUUUUAUAUAUAUAAUUUGUCUCUUACAACUAAAAUCAUACCUUCAUUUAAACAACCAAAAUUCGACUAUGUUUUUUUAUCAUAGGAAAGUGGUUUGAACAUUAAAAUUUAUAAAAAAUAAAAAUAAAUGUAAAAAUAAUAUCCUUAAAAGGGGGAGGGGGUUGCCAUUAAAAAAAAAAAGUUAUUUUGCCCAUGCACAAAAUUAUAUGGCAUAAAAAUAUUUUAUUUAGUUUAAUAAGUGUAAAACAAAAUUUAUUAAGCAUACAAAGAAACAGAAUUCAAAUAUAUUUAAUAUUUGCAGAGAUUCUAUAACUCUGCAAAUAUUAAACUGCUCCCAACAAACGAUUAUCCACUGUAUAAUAUCUGACAUCAAAGCAAAACAACCGUUAUGUUAUAAAUAUUUGUUCUUAAGCACCAAAAAUCGUACAACGGCACAUCAGUUUAUUACGAUUUACACUGUGUUCAAUAUUUAUUAACAUAAAUGCAUUUGAAAACGCCUCACGUACAGAGCACUACCAAAUUUAUCAUAUUAUUCCACUUAUACGCGGAAAUAAUAUCUUAAAAAAAUAAAACAAAUAUUACAUUUUAAUCCUCAAGUAAAUUAUAAGCAAAAUACAAUUAAAAUUAUAAACUAAAGCAGAAAUAAAUUGAAUCAAUUUUAUUUUUAUGAAAUAUGAACAAUGCAAACGUUUUAGAAAUUAAAAUCACGUAAAGCUUAAAGAAGAUUAAACGUAGUAUUUGUAACAACAUUGCAGACUAGGAAUAUCGCAAUGCUCACAAAAUAAUAAACACAAUUCUCGGGUUUCGAGAAACCACUACGAAAUUAUUUUAAACGAAAAUGUUAAUCUUAAGAGCUUGUUUGAGUUAAUUCUGUAUAAUAUUAUUAUAAUCUCAGUAUACACUGGAAGUAUAGAUUCAAUUAAAGAAUAGGUACUACGUCUAGAACUGAAGUUUUGGCACGAGCAAAAAUGCGAUUAAAAGUAGCUCUUCCGUAAGACUUAACUCUAUUAUCUUUGCAACGAAAACAAUAGCCUCGAAACACGUCGUCCGUUUUCCAAAAAAAAAAAAAAUAUAUACUACUUGAAACGGGUUGCGUGCCCGAUUUAAUUUGAGGUGACGAUACAUGGAUUAUCAGAAAGAUAGUAUAUAAGGAAGAAAGGUUACAAAUUACUGUGGGGGUUACACGUAUAAACGUAAAACUUUCUGUUGAGAUAGUAUGUAAGUGUAUAGGAAGAAAUAAAAUGUGUAGGUUAUUACUGACAUAUACCAUAAGUCAUCAGUUAAGUACGAAGGUAAGUUUCUUAAAAUAGUAUUAUAAGAUUAAAUUUGCAAUUAUAGCUUAACUCUAAAUUGAAUUGUAAUUCAAGUAUAUUAUAUAAUAAUAUAUCGUCACUUAACUGUAACUGCACAAAUUUCAAAAUUAUUAUUAUAGUGUACACACCAUACAAUUAGAAUAUUAUCAAUAUUAAUAAAACAAGUGUUUCCAAAAAUUGUUUCUUCUAUAACUUGUAUUAUUAGACACUAUUAAUCACGAAAUGAUAACACCAAUUACAUUAACAUAACCCAUCUUAGCCAAUAAUACAUGUCAAUAGUUACAUUGUGAAGGUAAAUUAUAUUUAAAAUACAUGAUUAGUGCAAAAUGUAACUAAAUCACCAGUAAUUAAAUAAUAACUAAUAAAUAACCACUUAAAUGAUGGUGUUAUCGGUGUGUAAAACAUCAAAAACUUCAAGGUUGCAAUAAAAACGGCGAAAUGCUGAGUUGUUUAAUUUUAAUAUUUAUUAAGAUAAUAGCUAAUAAAAAUAGAGCUUAUAUUAUAUCGACGGAUAUGUAGCCACUGUAGAUAAGAAGGUAGUGUACAUAGGCCGGGUCGCACAAAUAUUCUGGAACAACUUACAGAACCAUCAGUGCACUUACAGAUCCAUUAACCACACUAGAUGUUGCUCCUUUGUUCUAUAUUAUUUAAAGGUCUGUAAACUAUUUACAGACCUGCAAGUGACUUUAAAUUACAGCACUAACUUCGUAUCACAACUCUUAGCAGAAAGAUUUAUAGAUCAAUAUUAUCAAUGUUAUUGCCGACAUUUCUGAUAGUGUUUUUUUUUAAAAAUUUAUAUAUUACUAAAUUUUAAAUUUAACUUAACUUAAAAUAUGAAUUUUAAAUCUUCAUCGUCAUCAAGUGAUGAUGGGUUUAUUAACGAAGUUAUUACUAAAUUACCAAGGCUAAAAUAUACCUGGAAUUGCUAUUAUUCAUACUUUUAUGGUUUAUAUAGUUUGUUUAUGCGGUAUUAUAAGUUGCAGUAAGUAAUUUGUUUCGGUAAAAUUAAAAUUUUUACUACAUGGAGCCAUUUUACUGAUGUUAGUUUUCUCAGUUAUCAUUGUUCACGACUCAUGUAGAUAACCGUUGAGUAGGGUUAUCAAAUAUAAAUAGUUGAGUUUAUCUGGUAACUGUUGUUAUCAUUAUAUAUUAAUUUAUAUUUUCAUUACAAACUCUUUUGUUCAAAACUAUACAUGUUACAGAACUACUAUAAUUAUAAUUUAUAAUAGUAAGGUGUCUAUAAAACAUUUUUACAGAACGUUUAUGCAACCCGGCCAUAAAGUUACUUAAUCUAUAUUUGUACACAACCACACACAAAUCAUGUACUCAGCAAAUCAUUGCUAACAAAAAACAAUUCUGAGUGAAAUUUGAUUGAACAUGUUUUGAAAUGCUAUGACUUUUAUCAAAAUUUAAACUUAAAAGGUAACAGAAAAGCUAUUAGGUAACGCUCAAUUUUCUUUUAAAUAAGUACAAUUUAUGAUAAAUCUCAUGUUAAAUAUUUGGGCAUUUUAGUAAGGCCAACAAUUUUUACCAACUCAAAAAUCACCAGAAUUUUCUAAAAAAUAUACUAUUCUCAGAAAGGGCUAAUAUGAGCAUUCUGUAAAAAUUUCUGGUCUUCACAAUUAUUUUUAACUAAUUAUUUGUUAUUAUAUAUGACAAAAAAAAACAAUUGAAAAUAAAUAAAUUCUCGUAAAUUACUCCGGAUUUCCAAUAAUUAAGUAAACUAUGGAAAAAAAAUUAAGAAAAUGAAUUCCUUAAUAUACUACAUAACUAUAUAAAAUUUAUUUUCAGGGAAAAUGUUACACUUUAAUAUCGAAGCAAGAUUUCUAAUAAGAAAGUUGUUUAAUUAGAAAAAAAACACAUACUCACCAAAUAAAACCAAAACGUACUACACACUGAAUCUAAAAAAAAAAUACUUAUACAUUAUACAUAUAUUUAACAUUCAAAACACACGCGUUCACGUAAUGCAAUAAUUUGAACAUAAAACAAAAAACUUAAAUAAAUUUAAUGGAAAUAAAACCAAAUAGCAUCUGUUUUUAAUAUAUGCUUUAAUUUUGAAAAUUCGAAAUCCUUUGUUUGGAAUGCAAAAUCGAUUUAUUUUACGUGAGCAAUUUUAGUAAAAGUCGUUGUCCUUUUGAAUAUAAACCUAUUAUUACUUUAUUCUAUCACGGAAUUUCAUUAAACUUUUGGCCUCUAGCGUCCAUCGGAGGUUUAAAUUAGUUUAAUAUAUGAAGCUUAAAAGUUAUUCAAUCCGAAGAUAGCGGUUUUAUUUUUAUCACUCAUAGGUACCUAUAUAUCUACCGGCGAAAUAAAAAGAACCAUUUUCCUUCCACGCCUAUAUAUGUGUAGGUAAAAAUAAUAAUAAUUGUUCAUGUCGUAGUUGUGAGCAUAUUUUUCGAUAAACACAAAAUCAAUUGUAUUUGUCGGCAUUAUAAAUACGAUUGUAUAUUAUAAUAAAUGUCGGGUUUCAAAAUAAAGUUUGCCGUAUGAUAUGCUCUCAAACAAAAUAAACCGUACAUUUUAAAGUAAUGAAUUCUCAUACACUUAGUUUUGUUGAAACUUUGAAACUUGUUAAACACCCACAAUACAAAUAUUCUAUACAUCCAGAUAUAACGAGCGUCAUUGAAAGUUUAAAUAUUUCGAGUAUAUAAAAACGAAUAAUAUUAAUAUUACGAAAAAGCAUAAAAAAAUAUUAUCGCGAAACCGUGAUUUUAAUUUUAAAUGUAAUUAUUUGAUACGGAAUAAUAAUUUUAAAACAAAAAAAUGGCAAGUGUAUUCGAAAUCUAUUUGAAUCCAAUUUGAUUAGUUCAAUAGAAUAUUAUGAAAAAUGUUGAAAUCACGCGACGUCAGAUUACCAAUACCGCUUUCAAUAAAUGUCGCUUAUUAUGAUACAUAUUUCAUGGGAAAUACAAUAAAAAGAAAAUAAUUUAGAGUAUUUGAAACACGUCAUAUUGGCUUUCUUUGAAAGCAAUUUAAAUAUAGUUCAAUAUUAUAUAUGUAUGUAUAUACAUACGGAUAAGGUAUUUUUUUUCUUCACUAACGACGUAUAAUGAACAUAAUUUAAAUUUAAUCAGUAGGUAUAUUUAACGACAAAACUUUUUGACAAAAAUAAAAACCGUUCCUGUUAAUCAAUCUAUUAAUAAGGUCUUGUAUAAUUAAUAUUUCUUUAAAUCUGAUAUAAAAUAGAAACUUCGCGGUAUUCGGUUUUUCAGUUUCCUAACAGUGUUGAUAAACACUUUACAGUUACCUAACAAUCGCUUCUGUUCCAUAAAAAAAUAUUUAAAAUAAAAUUAAUUUAUAGUUUAUAUACGUGUAUUAAAACUGUUUAUGAAUAAAGCAAUACUGAUUCAUUUAAUUUGUUCCAUUGUUAUUUUAUACAUUAAAUUCUAGAUGAAUACGUAUUAUUAUUAAAAAAUAUUCAAGUGAGAGAUAGUGGAAUUAUUAGAAAUAACAGAAUAAGAAAUGUGUUUAUAAGAGCAUUGGGGUAGCAGCAUUGGGGUUUUUCGAUAGACGACGGCUUGAUUACAUGAGAAAGAUUGUACUGAGGUGCUUUGGGCAUAUGAAAAGAAGAGAUGAGUUAGACACUGUUAGAGUAUGACCGCAUGAAUACGGUUGGAUGGCGGGAAAGAAAGAGCCCGGAAAAAAUAUGGUAUUGGAAAUUGAUUUUAGUAAAUAAUUAAGACCAAGGUGGUCACCCCAAAUACAUUAUAAUAAAGGCAAGGGAGAAGAGACAAUUUAAAAAUUUUGUUACUAGAUGAGCAAUGCGAUGAAUAAGUUAUUCUUCUGGAUGCAUAUUAAAUCAUCAUGUAACAAUUAUAUUAUAUUUUUUACUGCGACAUUAUAAUUGGUAAAUUGAUUUAGAUAGGAAUUUUUGUGAAACAUUUGCUUCAAUAAAAUAAGACAAGUUUUAUUUUAAAAGUUUUCAUACUUUUAAACCCACAUUAAUAAAAUAAAAAUAUAAUUUGCUUAAAUGGUUUGAAAAAAAAUUCUUAUUCAAUAUUGUAUAGAAUAUUUUAUUUAUUUUAAUUAAAUCUAUAUUAAAAGUACAUUCUACAUGAUAUAUUUAUUUUUACAUUCUUUACUUUAUUUUUUACACUAGUCAUAAAGUAGAUAAUGAUGCGUAUAAGUUGUAAAUGUCAUUACUUCGAAAAAACUUCUAUUCGUCAAAAUAAUAAAAAGAUAACUUUUUAAAACUGAUUGACACGCAGUCAGAUUCAAAGUAAAAUAAAAAAAAGAUCCUUUUGUACAAUAGUCAUUAAAUAAGAAUGCAAAUUUAUAACAAGUUUUGUAUUGUGAUAAUAAUUUCGGUUAUUUUACUUUUUUUUCAGGGUCCUUGGUGCGAUACAGUUAUUUAAAUAAUGCAUAAGUCGUACUGCGUUUUCGAGUAUGUUCUUUGAAAAACCUUUAAUAAACUAUACCUCCGACAGCCACAACAAUAAUACCAGGUAAAAAUUCAAUAUUAAUAUAAAAAUCAUGAACAAUGUGAAUCUCGUGUUGGUAAUUGUUACACGUAUGCGUACUACGAACAGUUUUUGAGCGUUAUAAAUUAUAUAACUAUAUAAGUUAUAAUGCUCAAAUGAUAUUAUUAUAAUGUAUUUUCUUCGAUAUUAUAUUUAUUUUUUUUUCCAAUUCCGUGCGUUAAAUUAAAAAGUCAUCCCGUGAUCGAUAUAUUAUACGGAUUUUGUCGUGUGGUAUACAUCAAAUAUGUUACGUGAUUUCGAAUUUCCGUACCUUACCUAUAACACGGAAUACAUUUAACUCGACGACUUUCGCGAACGGUUUUCGUUGUAGCGGCACUAAUACGGGCACGUUUCAACCGCGGAUAUACCUAUACCUAUUAUACUAUCGUAAACUAUAAUAUUUUGUGUGCCUACCUACAAACGCCUGUAUUAUGUUUUUUUUUUUUUUUAGUGGUAACCAUAGCGAUUACCAAGAGCUGUGGGGACCGAGUCGAGACCCACUUCCGGUGGUCGUGCCUGUGACGCUGAUUUACACAUUGAUAUUCGUUUCGGGCGUGGUGGGAAACGUGAGUACGUGCAUAGUGAUCGCCAGGAACAAGUAUAUGCACACAGCCACCAACUACUAUCUGUUUAGUCUCGCCGUGUCAGAUUUGCUUCUACUGGUAUCCGGAUUGCCGCAGGAAAUCUACCAAACAUGGUCCAGGUAGGUAACGGUAGACGGAAGAUUAGCCCCAAGGAUCAGGGAGCAUGGUUAUACCAGACAGAUUAGGAUUAAUACACUGAUAUUAUGUGACUGAGAUACAAGAGCGAACAACUCUGACCUCGAGGACAGCCAAUUAAAACAUUAUGUGUUUUUUCUUAUUUAGUCCUCGCGAAGAGCUCCACCACUUUCACCCGUUAUACUAAAUACUAACAGGGAAAGCAUUUCCCCCCCCCUUGUCAUCAGCGAGUUUCUAUUGGGCCGGAUAUGGGUUAGUUUUGGGCCACAAGCCUGCAAACAUAAUUCAUGAUUUAUGUUACAUACGGCCACUCUGAGCUACAGUUUUUUAAGAUUCAUUUGUGAUAAUAAUUAUGAUAACUGUGAUAAUUCUAUACAACAUUUUUUUACCGUAUUUUUCAUUAACAUUUAUUGCACUUUACCUGGAAGUGCCGGGUUUUCAUAAAAGUCCAUGUAAAUUUUUGGAGAGUGUCUGUUCUUAUUUAUUUUAUUCUAUAUUUUAUUAUAUCAAUGUCCAUGGUAACACAGUUAUAUUUUUUGUAAAUUCAUGUACACUCAAUUAAAUCUUCAUGUAGUAACCCAUAGGUAAUAUAUUUAAGUAACCAUUUAUAUAUACAUUUAUUAUUUAGUCAUUGUUGUCCCCCGAAAAAAUUAGUUAUUGAUAGAUAUAGUAGUAAAUAUAAAAUAAUGUAAUAAUGAGGAUAUGUGUAUUGAGAUAAAACUAUAAUUGUGACGGAUGAAUUAGCGAGCGGUUUUUUUUUCAAUUUUAUUAUGGGCUAGUUAAAUUAUUUGCCCUCUCCUCUGAAAAACUGGCAUUACACCACUGAUAAUAUAUAAUUUAAUCAAUGAAACAACUCAAUUUUCCAAAUUUGAACUUAUUGAUCCAGAAAGAAUCGUAAUAGGUUUCUAAAUGUACACAUAUAUUUAUUAUUAAUAUAUAACAAUAAUAUAACACCUAAAAUACAAAAAAUGCGAUAAAAUUAAUUGAUUUUGACAGUUUUAUGUGAAAAAAAUGAAAUAUCGUAACAUUUGUUUUUAUAAUAAUAUGGCAAUUUGAACAUUAUCAUAAAAUGUGCAAGAAAAGGAUUGAAAUUGAAUAGAAAUUAUUUGAUACAAUAAUUAUUAAUUAUAUCUGCGUCUACAACAAAUAUGUACAAAAUUAAAUAUCUAAUAUUAGAAUACCGUAUUCUGAGUUAAUAAAUCCCUUUAAAUAGGAAAAUGCUUUGAGAAUAACAAAUAAUAAUAAUAACAAAGAACAGUUAAAAAAGGAAAUCCCACGAAACUAAUAGUAUAUUAUUAUUAUUGUACGAGUAUGAUGAUAAAAGAAAUGCUCGUUCUUGACCGAGAAAAACUUAUAAUAUUAUAAAAGUAUAAGCAUUGGGGACACGCAUUGUACUAUUAUACCAUAUUAUGUACAUAUAUAUAAUUACAUAUCAUCUAAUAAUAAUAAGCACGUAGGAGUUAAAAGACUCCGAAAUUUUAAAAAGUAGAUAGUAAAAGAAUUAAAUUAUCACCAAUCUAACCUAUAUAAUAUAAUAUAAUAACAAAAUAAUAUGAUGUAAAUACGUGUAUACAACAUACCCACUAAUAAAAAACUAAAAAAAAAAAGCUGAUACUAGAGAUGGAUGCGGCCACUGUUGUUAGUGGGUAAGGGAGUUAUUUAUUAUACCUGUAACCAACGAUAAACUAUGAGUAAAAAAAAAACAAUUCGGAGCGAAGUUCGUUUAUACAUGUUUAGAAAGGCCAUAAUAAUUACGAUUUUCGUCAAAAUUUGAUUUUAUACUCCUAAAAAAAACACAUUACACUCAAUUUUAUUUUUUGAAACAAAAUACAUUUGUUCUUUCCAUGUUAUCUACCCGGCGUGGGUUUGCAAAAAAAAUGUCUUUUAACUCGUGACCUCUGGGUUGACAACAGGUGCAUAUCGUCACUAGACUAUGACAGAUAUUCUGGCAUUUUUGAAUUAUUUAAUGUAACACAUAUAGUAUCCGCAUAAUAUCUACAGAACUUCAAAAAUCUAUGAUUUCAAAACUUAGUUAGUACACUCAAUUCUAACUUCACCAUCGUUCUUAAAUUUGCAAUAUAUACGUAUGUUAAAAACAAAAUAAAUUGAAGAAUUUACAUGAACCAGUAACUAGAUUUGUUCAGCACAAUUUUUUACUCAAAAAGUUUCAAACGAUUUUCGUCAAAAUUUGAUAUAAAAAUUCCUUUAUAGAAAAAAAUACUAUAUUAAGCUCAAUUUUUUUUCUCUGACCACAAAUAACGACCUUUAAUGAACUUCCUGUCAAAUUUUUAAGCAUCUCUGUUAAAUAUAAUAAUUCAUCUACAGAAUACCUACCAAAUAAAAAUUACGUAAAAAACUUGCAAAAUUAAAAUGUCUAUAAAUAGUUCAAAAAUGGCUCAAAUUUUUCGAAAAUUUUACGACUUAUAUCUUACUUAUCUAUCAAAAUUUCAAGUCUCUGCGAAUAUUUUUAACUGAAUAACAUUACAAAAAAAAAUUUUAAAUAAUAAAAGAAUUAUUUUCAUAAAAUUUCCCGUCUUUUUAAGUAUUCUUCGAUUUUGUACAAUUAUUAAAAAAACCUACAAAAAAAUCAAAAAGCUACUUUUUUACUUCAGAACAAGUUCUAAGGUGGAAUAUUUGCUCACUGAAAAAAAAACACAUUAUACAUAUAGUAAAAUUAACAGAUCUGUCGCUACGAUCCGAAUUUAAUAUAUAUUAUUUAUGUAUUUAUUUACAAUAAACGCCAAGCAGAAAUUACUGAAAAAAAAAUUAGAAUAUAAGUAUUAACUAUUAAGUAUAAAUAAAUUCAUAUCCACUAUGAAAACUGAAAUAAAAUUUCAGUAUUUGAGGUCAUAUAGAAAUUUACUAUAGUGAAUAGUAAUGAUAUUAUAAUCCACUAAUGAAUUAACAAGACAAUUAAAAAAAAAAAAUUAGAAAGGUAAUUACAGUUAUUCUUGAGUUUUUGGUAGAAGUUUUUUUAAAUCUAUAUUUAAGAUGUUAUGAAAAUAUUGAUAAACUCAGGAUCUUAUGAUUUAAUUUAUUAUCUUUGAUUUAUAUUACCAAAUAAUAAUAAUACUACAAAUAAAAAAAAAAUGAAUGUGCCAUUAUAUUGGAUGGGAAGUUGGGAAGGUUGGAUCAUUAAAGUUAUUUAAUUUAUGUUUGUAUGCUAAACAUUAUACAAUUGUAACGAAAAAUGAUAUUGAGCAAAUUCGGUUAUACAUAAUGCCAACUUAUUUUUGAUUACCUAAUUACAACUUAUAAUAAACUUCUUGUUAAAUUUUCCAGCAUAUCUGUUUUCAUUGAACAAUUUAUAUCCAAAUAAUACACUUGUAAUACCUUCCAAACAAAAAAUAAAUAAAUUUUGAAAAUAUCUAAUGUCUAAAAAACGUAUAACGUUCAACAUUUCAGCACUACGAUUAUUUAUUAACGUAGUUAAAAUUUAAAAAAAAAAUUAAAAUUAUGAAACUUUUAUUUCCGUAAUUUUAUAGGUUUAUAUAAACUGCAUAGAAAAUCAAAAAACCGACACCCUUAAUAGACAAACAAUAUCCGAAAUUCAACAAAAAAGGUAUCUUAGUAUUUUUUUUGUUGAAGUAAGAUUUCUUGUAAAAAAAAGUUUUUAAAGACAGAAUAAUUUUAAAAAAGCACCCGUAAUCAUUGUAAAACCAAUAUAUUCUUCGUUACGUUUAAAAUUUAAAAUACAAUGUAAUAUAUACUUGAUUAAAUUAGUAUAUUAUGUAUUUAAAUUAACAGACGGCACGAAAGUGAUUACAAAUCAAACGUAAAGGUAGUUAAUAAAAUAAAAACAUCAAUACAAAUUUGCAAUGUAAUUUCCUCUCAACAGUAUACGUCAAAAAGUUUAAAUAAAAAAUCCCGUUUUACGUUUGCUUUUUUUUAGUUUUAAAUUUAAAAAAACGUAGAUAGUUUUGAUGUCAAUCAAAUUUGAUUAUUACUGAUUUAUCGUGACAAAAAUUAAUUGAAUUGAGUUCCUAUUAUGCCAAUAUGUUUUCCUCAAAUGAUAUUAAAAUAUGAUUUUUACAUUUCUUUAAAAAUUAAACUAUAAACAUAAUAAUUAUAAAUUAGCAUAGGUAUCUAAUAUUUCAUAGUUUCGGUAUUAAAUAUUCAGCAAAGCAAAUCUGUUUUACUUUUAGUACACUUUUUUGGUGAGUAAAAUGCUACAUUUUUUUCUCAGAAUAUCUUAAAAUAUGUGGAUUUUUCAUUCGGUGUAUUUUAUUUUAACAAUUUGUUCAAAUGAUAAUAACAUUUUUGGCUACAAAAGAGAAAAUACGACUUACACUAUAAAAUUCUAUUCCAAAGUAUAUUAAAUAGAAUUAGUAUAAGUUCAUAAAUUAAUUAAUUAUUAUAAUUGACUAAUCAUAAAAUCAAAAUAGCAUUAAAUUUGAAAGUGUACAAAACGAAAUCUAAUCUAACCCUGAUGCGGCUUUGAUCUUUUAAGAAAGAAGAGGUAUAUAUACAUAAUAUAUUUUUUUUAUCUCCAUUUAAUUACUUAAAUAUUUCGUGUAAUACUGAAUUAAAAUACUUAUGUACCUAUUGAAAAUAUAUAUAUAUAUAUAGGUAAAUAGAUAAUUUUAAAUUUCUUUGGUAAAUAAUAUGGCCAAUAAUAUAAUAUUAAAUUGAACUAAAUAAAUACUAAAUAGGUAUUAGGUAUUAUUCAAGUGAGAAAUAUAAAAUUUAAUAUUUUAUAAAAUAUAUAAUAUACUUCUGAAAAAACGGGACAUACUUCGCACCAUGGGUAGGCCACUGUUGUAAAUGGGAAAUUAAGAUAUAUCAGGUAAUUUAAUCUAUUUACAGUAAGCAACGUUAACGAAUGCAAACGAAAAGCAAUUCUAGGUAGAGUAGAAUAAGUUGUGUUGUUUUCCCUUAUAAUCAUAAUAAUCCAGAAAUCAACAAAAAUAAAAACUAUGUCUCGUCAUAUUUGUUCUCAGUUUUCUAAAUUUGUUUAAAAAAAAAAUGUUGGAAAAUGUACAAUUGAACAAAAAAUUCGCAACUCUUAUAGUACAAGUUUGAGCAUUUUUACUACCUUCCUAAAAAAGGGGUUGAGAAUUUCAAAAAAUGUUUAAAACUUUUUAUCAGAUCCAUCACAUUUUAAGAUAAUCUGUAAAAAAAUUUCAGGGAGUUUAACUCACCCAAAAAGUUUAAGGGGAAAUAACACAUCUUAGUAAAACGAAGAGCUUCUCAGAAUCUAAAAUAUAAUAUGGUUCUAAAUAUUAUCACGCGAAACCGUAAAUCUUAUUUAUUUUAAACUAUUUAUGUUAAAUUUGAGGACUUUUAAGAUAUUAGGUAUACAGGAUGUCCUAUGGUGUUAUCCGAAUACUAAUUACUCUGUCAAUAUUAAUUUUUUUUUUCUAUCAGGUUUUGUGUAAAGGAACCAAUUUAGAAAAAAAUUAAUUUUUUAUUUUCAUUCAUUAAUCACUGAAAAAAAAAUAACUGUAUUUGUUCGCUUUUUAAAAUUUUCAAAAUAGUUAAUUUGUAAAAUAUAAUAAUCUAAACCUUUCAAUGUACCAAACUUACAUAUUCAAUUAAUAGUUUCUUAGUAAAUGCGUUUCAAUUUCUUGAAAAUAAGCGUGAAAACAAUUAAUAUUUAAUAGAAGACAAAGAAUUACCAACUCUGAUUGUGAUUCCUUAUCACGUAUAGUGUUAUUCUAUUGAAAAGUAAUUGCUUUCACACUAAUUUUAUAGAUAUUAAAAUCGCCUAUACCUAAUCAAUUUCUUAAUCGAAUAUGAAUAUACAAUGCAUUCAAAUUUUUAGAAGAAAUAAUAUAUUUUACAAAAUGGCUAUUUUAAAAAUUUUAAAAAGUGAAAAAAUGAAGUUAUUUUUAUCAGUGGUUAAGGGAUGAAAAUAAACAUUUAAUUUUUCUUUGCAUUUGUGUGCCCCUGACACAAAACCCGAUUGAAAAUAAAUAUUGUCAGAGAUAUAAGCAUUCAGAUAACACUGUAGGAUACGCAAUGUUAUGAGGAGAGAGGACCAAAAACAGUAAGAAUUUUUACGAAAAUAACAUAAGGGGAAAGAAAAAAAGAAGAAAGCUGAAAUAGAGGUGGUUAAAAUUCAACUGAGAAUAAUAUGAGGAUGGUGGGUAUAUAGAUCUGUAUGUGGGAUCAAGUGAAAGUUUAGUAGCAGGGUGAACCUCCCAGGAAAAUUAGGAUAAAGGCAAAGGAGAACAAAAAGAGGUAUAUAACACGCAAUUAUUAUUACCAUAGUGACCUUAAAUAAUUUGUUUUAAAGAGUUUUAUUAAAAUAGUUGUACAUUCGAAAUUAGUUAUAUACAAGUGAGUAAUUUAUAUGUUUCAAAGAAUCAUAUAUCGUGACAAAUGUAUCAAGAAUGUCAGUAGACUACAAUGAACGUACUCGGAAGUUCACAUUACGUCAUAUUUUCACAAUGAACGCAUACAUGUGAUUUCAUCGGAUUUUUUUUCUAUAUAAUCAUGUUGUUUUUUUUUUUUUUUUGAUAUCUUCUUCAAUACAUUCAAUAACACUACGAUUUUAAAAUGAUAUUUAAAUAAACGGUGUGAAUUAAAAAGAAAGUUUUUUUUAUAUAUUUUUUUAUCUAUCUGCAAUAUAAUAGGAAACAAAAGUGUUUGACCGACAACCUUUUUUAAACGCAAAUCGAAUUUCUAAUUUGUCAUACACAGGAAAUAUACGAUAAUCUAUAAAGAAUGAAAUAGAUGGCAUUGACAAUCCAGCCGGAGAAAUACCCUAACGGCUAAAAUAUUCAUCAAUAAUUUCUUAAUGCGUAUAAAACUUUAUGAAAAUUAGUAUUGUUAAGGUUUUAAACAAUAUAUUUUUUUAAGAAUUUUGGUCAAUUUUUCUGUACGAAUAUCCCACUAUAAAACGCACAGUUCAUUUAAAAUCCCUGCUUGAUUUUAAAUCUCUCUGAAUUCGAAUAUUUACCUUAUCGUAUGAUAAAUAAGGAAAAUAAUAGUUCGAAAUUCCCCAAUAGAAAUUAAAUUGUUCGUCAUUGAAAAUAUCAAGUUUUGUUAUUUUAAUAUUUUAUUGAUUUAAUAUGUUGAAUAGUUGAAAACUCUAUGUACCUAGGCUUUUUAAUUUAUGGACGACGUUGAAAAUUUUUUAGUAUCGAUUUUAUCUCAUUUUAACGCAUUGAAAGCAAAUACGGAAUGCAUUUACUAGAAACGUUUGCCACUCCUAAAAUAGAAACAGCACGUAAACAAAACCAAAUGUAUUCGACUUGAUGCCCUCUUUAAAAAUAAUUUGUCUAGUUUUUAUAUAAUUGUAUAGUUGUGUUCCUACAGAAUAAUAAAUAUUAAACCUUUAAUUACAAAUAUUAUCCCAAAAUGCAUAAUAAGAUAAAAAAAAAAUAGUUUAACUGUGAAAUAAAAUAAUAUUUAAUAUAUAGUGGGGAAAGCAAUUGAGUAUCAAAGACUAACUUGUUAUUUUAAGUCAGCAUUUUGGUUGAUCUCUGACUUUCGUGUCUGUGAAUAUAAUUUUAAAAUAUAAAAACAUUUUUUAUACACUUUUGUGUAUAUUUUGGGUCGUAUGGCCCACAGAAAAAUGAUUAAAUUUUAUAUUAUUCUAUUUUUCGACUGAUUUUUACUUUUAACAGUUUUUAUUUUUUUUAAAUUAAGUAUACAGUUUUAUUGAUCCGAAAAUACAGGUAUUUCAUUUCUAAUCUGAAUUUUUUUCGGUCACUAACUCCUUUCCUUGAAAAAUUUUCUAAAAACAUUUAAAAUUAAGAACAUUUUAUAAUAUACUACGAUUUAAUACGUGCAACAUACCUAAUACACAUUGGUAUUUUUAUAGGUAUCCCUACGUGUUUGGAGAAAUGUUCUGCAUAAUCAGAGGAUUCGCCGCGGAGACAUCGACAAACGCUACAGUGUUAACAAUUACAGCGUUCACCAUAGAAAGAUACUUUGCAAUUUGCCACCCGUUUCUUUCGCAUACGGAAUCCAAUUUGCCCAGAGCGUUUAAAUACAUAUUAAUCAUAUGGAUGGUGGCGUUAACACUAGCCUUUCCUCAGGUAAAUUUCUUCACAAAAUUACAUAUUUAAGUUAAUUAUAUCAUUGAAUGCACAGCAAAUAGUUCAAGUGAGUGAUAGUAGGAUUUCUAGGUACACCUAAAAUGCAUUUGUUUUUCCCUGUUUAGGUAAAAGGGAAAAAAUAAGUGCAAAUAAUUUUUUUCGAAACACAAGUUUUAACUCACGACCCUAAACUAAAAAACUAUGAUUUCGAAACUAAGUCAAUACACUCAAUUCUGACUUCACCAUUGUUCAAAUUGAAGAAUUUGCAUGAUCCAGUAACUAGAUUAGUUCCGCAUGAUUUUUCACUCAAACGAUUUUCGUCAUAAUUUUAUAUUAAAAUUCCUAUAUAAAAAAAAAUACUACAUUAAACUCCAUUUUUAAUUUUUUUUACCACAAAGUAAGACUCUUAAUGAACCUCCUGUUAAAUUUCCAAGCAUUUCUGUUAAGACUAACAAUUUUAUCACAGAGUACCUACCGAAUAAAAAUUACGUGCAAAACUCACAAAUUUAAAAUGUCUAUAAAUAGCUCACAAAUGGCUUAAAUUUUUUUUAAAUUUGACCACAUCUAUAAAAGGCAAAUAUUUCAAAUUUCAAGUCUCUAUGAAUAAUUUUAACUGAAUUACAACAAAAAAAAAAAUAGAAAAACAUCAAAAACAUUAUUUUUGUAAAUUUCCCGUUUUUCUUACGUUUUAUCCUGGUUUUUCCCAGAUAAUAUGAAAACCGAUUAGAAAAUCAAAAAAUUACCACCCAAAAAUACUAUUUGGACAACAUUUCCUUUUAGAAAUGACGUCACGCGUAUAAAUAUGGUAGAAUUUUUAUAUACAGUAUAAAAAAAAAAAAAAAAAUAAUAACCAUUUUUGUAAAACCAAUACAUUUUUCGCUACACUCAGAAUUUAAAAUUACAUGAAACAAGUAACUUAAAUAUUAAAUUUUGGAACUAAGGACUUUCUAUACAUGCAAUCAAGUCUCGGGACAAAGCAACAGUAGAAAAAGAAGAGCAGGAAAAAUUCAUAAUGGAAAUUAGUUAUUAUUAUGUUCAAUCAAAAAUUAAUAAAUAAUAAACAAAUGUAUAAAUGUUAUGAGUCUUUAAUACAAUCUAUAUGAUAUUAACUAUACGCUAAUUUUAACUCAAAAUUAUUUGAAUUACACCAACUAUUGAAUAUAUAUCAGAAAAUAUUUAUGUUUUUGAAUCGUAAUACAUAGUAGGUAGAGAAUUCAUUGAACAUUAGAGGAGGGAGCUAUGGGCUAGUUCAGUUACUUGUAUUACUAUACUUGUGAAGUACCUAGUACAGUGUGUACCUAUUUAUACCUACAGUGGUAAAUAUUACGAUCUUAAAUAACUGACCUUCACUCUGAAUCGUUUUUUGUUAACAGUAGUUUAUCGUUGGUUACAGGUAUAAAUUGAAUAACUUUAUGUAUUCCAUCUUCCCAACUACCCACCUACUACAAUGGCGGCAUCCGUUCCCAGUAUCAGAUCUUAUUAUUAUCAUUAUUAUUAUUAUUAUUUUUUUUUUUUUGCAUCGUGGAAACAGAUUACUUGCCUUUGAAACAUUUAAACUGGCCAUUUAUUUUUUUUCCUACGGAACAUAAUUGAAUCACUUAUUUUAGAAACCCUAAGAAGAGGUAAUAUUAUUAUGAUAAUCAAUUUAAAAACAACGCAUUAACUUAUAGUAUAAUUAGUUUAUUUAGUGAGUUACUGCAACAAUAGAUAACAGAUUAUGGUCAUAAAAAUAGGUACUAGAAACUAGUUCUUGAUAUGAUUGUAAACUGUGCCUCCUAACAAUUAAAUGUAAAAUAAACGAAUUUGUUUAGAAAGUUUAAGGAGUUUCUAAAAUAAGCAAUUAAAUUUAACACAUCUUCCGAAUAAAAAUCCUAUGGGUACAGUAUGGUUUCUGUUUUAAUUUUGUAUUUUUGUCAUGAAAUAAUGGUUUCGACUUUUGUUCGAACCAAGAUCCUAAACAUUAGUGUUAUUAGUGAUCCGUGAUGGGUGACGUAAAAACUAAACAGUAAAUGGUCUAUAAUACAGAGGAAAACCAUUUAUUUAGUAGGAAGUACAAAAUAAACCAAGAAAAUACAUGACAAGUACACGUAUUAUUAUUUAUUCUUAAUAUUUUUAACCAUGUCAGAAAUUUAGUAGCCAUAAUAAUGGGUCGCCAAAAAAAAUACUAUCCGUUAUGCAUCGUCCUAAGUUACAUCUCCAUACGUUAAGUUUACAUAAAUCUAGUCGAUGUGCUUACUAAAUGGAGAACUCAGUGUGCCAAAAAAAAUUCUCAAAUAUUUAGCAGAACGAACACCAAGAAGUUAUAUUCGUUUCAUUCUAACACUUUAGAGAAAUAUAGGUAAUUAUAAACAUAGAAAAUAAUAAAUACUUUUAUAAAAAUAAUUUAGUAGGAUAACUUAAAUCUAAAAAUAUAUAUGUACACAUAUAUUAUAUUACUACUUGAAUUUUAAAAAUAAAUUAACACUUGAUAAUUGAUUUUUUUAAACAAAAAAUCAUUAUAUAACUAUUUAGGAGAAAACUAUACGAGUAAUCAUUAACUAGGUAGGAACUAUUAAUAAUUUGUUUUCCUUUUAUUACUAAACAAAAAUUAUUGGGAAAAUGUUUGGUUUUUCCUUUCAAAAAAUCAAACUAAUAUGAUGAAUUGAAAGUAUGGGAUUCAAUUUGUUAAUUUAUAUUUUAGUUUUAUUUGGUCGAAGAGAAUACAUUUCUAAAUUAACCAAAUAAAGCCAAAAUAAAGAAAAUGUUUACUAUUAUACUUGUUCUUUAUGGUAAACUAUAUUCUCGGUUUAUUUUACGUGCCUCUUAGAAACUUAACGAAUCCAGCUUUUCUAAAUGUCAACUAUAAAUUACACUUACAGUCUCGACUUUGUUUCUAAUUUUAUCAACGCAAUUGUUUUGAUUGUUUCAUUAGGACAAGGUAUAAACAUUUUAAAACUUUAACAAUUUAUGCAAAAAAGCAGACAUCUUAAGACUUAUCAUUUUAUGAAGAUCGAUUAAAAGAAAAAAAAAACGUCUAUCGAGCUGUGACCCCUAAAUCAAAUAUUAUUAUAAACUACUAUACAUACCACAAAUUAAUUAUGAAACACAUUUACUCGAUAGUAUAAUACAGUUGUAGUUCAUAACUAUGAUAAAACCAAUGAUAUUAUGUACAAUCGUAAAAAUCACGACAAAAUAUUUCCUGCAAAAUUUAACGGCAUUAGAGAAUAUAAGAUUGUAUACGAGCGACUUCCCCGUUGGAAGUAUAAUAUAUUAUUAUUAUACCCUGUAAACAUCAGAGAUCAUAAAAUUGCCGAAUUUCUUCUCGUCUUUAUGUAUAUUAUAUUAUGUGUUCUGUUCAUAUUGGAUUUUGACCGUUUAAAGUCGCGUUGAAAAACGACGGGCAAUAAUAAAAAAAUACUUUAUGGUCUGACGCCAGGAGUGAGCAUAAUAUUCUAAUAAUAAUUUUCGCCUUACUAAGUACUAGUAUCAUCCACUGAAAAUCGCAAUUAUUAUCUGCCGACCAACGAGCAACGUGGCUAUACUAUACAUAGCAAGUAGGUACUAACCUCUAUUGCAGAGAAUAUCGUAUAAUUUAAUAUUGCAAUAUUUUUGAUUGCGGAAAUUCUAAGUCAGUUAAAACACCAUAACAUAAUUAUUGAUUAGAGGAAUUAAAUUAAUUUAUUAUGAAUAAUUGCGGCGAGAAUUUGCCAUUUGUAACUACCUAGGUAUGUAUUUAAAAGUAGUUUUACAGUCAUCAUUAUUACUCGUAACAAAAUCAAUUGAACAAUAGUUAAAGAAAAACAAAUUGUAUUUAAAUAUCUAGAGGGUAAUCGAUUUUCCUUAAGACACUCAUAAUCUCAGAAAGUAUUAACUUCUUUUGAAUUUUUAUUUUUGGAAAAUUUCAGUUUCAUAUUCACCCAAAUGUCUGGUGUCUGAAACCACUGACAAAUUUUAAUUUUCAAAUGACAACCUAUAUUCAAAAUUCCAUAAACUGACGAAGUUUUAGUUUAAAUAAAUUUUGGCAAGACAUAUCACUUUUAAUUUUGGUAUUUUUUUACAGAUAGAGGAAGGCAGAUAGGAAGGGAGCAGGGGAGUAUCAUUUAUGUGGCAGCAUCUGGAUAAUGUGAUUCCCUAAACAAAAAAAAUAAACUUAAAAGUUGUAUAUUCCAUCUCACAAACGAUGCACGACGGGACGGACGAUGGAAAUUAAAAAUAUCAUCUUACACAUUCGUAUUUAAUGUUAGAUCAAAUUAUUUAAUUUAAAAGUUCGUAUUUAUUACAUGAAUAAGUAAUGAUCUUUUUCAAUUGUGCGUCUAUAUUAUACUGCGAUACAGCAUCGCAGUGACCUUUUUCAAAUGAAUAACAUCUGCAGUUUCGUGAAAAUUAUAGACGUAAAAAUAAAAUGCAGACAACAAAAAUGUUUGCCCGUUAAACAAUAUGUAAAUGUAAAAUAUAUUCUUAUUGCCUUGGCCAUUGUUUGAUUUUAUUAUUUCACUAUCCAGCAAGAAUAAAAACAGAAAACAGUUAAGUUUCCCAGGUCAACACUCCCGUAAUUAUUUUUACUGUUAUACUAAGUGCAGUAUAUACAUUUAUUAUUGUAUAUUUUAAAAACACAAUAUUUCGGUAUUGGAUUAUAAUUUAAUCUGCUGUCGUUACAAUUUAAAAUUUUUCUUUUUUAAAUCAUGUAAUUUAAUUACAAUUUUAAAAACUGAAUUAUUCUAAGUUAAUAAAUUAUAAGUCUUUAUCAGAGCAGAUUGACUAUUUGUGUCAUUAACUCUUUAAAUUUCUUAAAAAUUCUAAAUUCUACGAUCAAAUUUGAAAUAGAUAUAUAUAUUUUUUUUUUUAAUUUACCUUACCUUUACUCAUACCUUUACUCAAUAGACAAUAUUUGAAGGACCAAACAUAAAUAUAAGAAAGCGAAUAAGGAAGUGGGAAGUACAUUUCUUCUACACCCCGUUUUUUUUUAUUCAUAGUUAUAAUUCCCACGAGAUAAAUCGUUAAUGUCUCAGUGUUACCUAUAUUAAAUAAAAUAUAAAAACAAAACAAAAAAUAAUAGAAAUAUUUAUAUUCAUGCAACUUUAAAGAACGAGACCAAAAUUAAAAACAAAUCUUCCGUAUAAUUAAAAAUCUUCCAGACUUUAACAAUUUGUCUUGCUUCCCCAAUACACUGUGUCCAAUCAAUGAUCUAUUGAUUAAAGUACAAAAAUAAAAGGAAAUCACUGAUGAUACUAAAUAAUACAAAUUAUGUUUUAGAAAUAAGUAUUAGUCUUAAAUCGAACUCAAUUAUAUUUUAGAUGAAACCAUAAUCCAUUUGAAUCGAAAAUAUUAUCUCGUAUCACGAUGUCUGAUAUACCCAAUAUAUGUUUCAUUAAAAUAAACGGUUUCUUUCUCGGGAACAUUUUAAAAUUAUGAUAAUUUUUAAUUUUAAAGUGUGUCUCACAAAUCACUUCCUAUUUAAUAUACACGGCUUUUUACUUUUCCCCGAUGGCCCGAUCACGAAAAUUAUAAUAUAGUUUUCAUAACACCCAAUUAACGGAUAAAAAUAAAACAACCGCCUAGUACUGAUUAUAGAUUUUUAUAAAUUGAUCGACGAGAUUUAUUAUGAUAAAUCUAGAAUCGAUAUACCUACUGUUUACAUGUAGUGAAUAAUCAUAGAUAAAAGUUUAUGUUUGACCGACGAGAUUUAAAUGGAAACUUAACCAAAGUAUGUUAAAAGAUGGGCAAAGGAUAAGAUAGUAAGGGAUUUGUGGAGUAAACCACGUGUAUAUACAACAAGGAUUAUAAAGUUCUAACAAAUAAAACUGACUGCGGGACGGAAACUGCGAGAUGCACGGCGUUCUAGACAUAUUGUAGAAAGAGGAGGGGUUUAAAUAGGAAAAAAUUGUCCAUUGUUUCCAAACAUCUCUUUGCUCUUUUUAUCGUAGCCGAUAUAUAGUAGCGUUUAACUUUAUCGUUUUUUAAGGCCAUUCAGAUGGGAUUAGUGUACGGACUUACUAAAGACAACAUCACCAUACCCGAAUUGUCGGCUUGUGGUCUGGCCAAUAAGCUCCCGUAUGCGUUCGAACUAUCGUCCGUGCUCUUUUUCCUGGCCCCAUGGACGCUCAUCAUUAUCCUGUACAUACUCAUUGGGCUCAAGUUGUACAAGUCCAAAUGCGACUCGUCCAGGACCACGUGUUCGGCCCACUGCCGACAUACAGCGUGCCUGAGCUCCACCAACACCAGAGCCACCGGACGCGUAGUCAAAAUGCUGGGUAAGUCCGUAAACUACGUAUUCAGAAUAUCUUUUAUUGUAACUAGUGCUGGGUUAAUUGGGGACAAAGGAGGCAGUUGCUCCGUGGUCAAAUUAUUAAGGGUGUCAUUCUCAGGGGGCACCGAAAUUGCUUUUUACAAUUUUACACAUUUUUGUCAGUAAUAUUAUUUUUUUGAAAAAAUGAAAUACCCAUAACUUAGUACUGAAACAUUGAUAAUUAUAGUUAUUUCGUUUAGCCAUAGAUUAAAAUAAUAUAAGUAUAUUUUCUAUGGUUUAGCGUAGAAUGUUUAUCGUAUAAUAUGCCGCUCUAUAAAUAUAAAAAUUUCCGAAUAUUUGUUAUCGUUUAAUCGAUAACAAAUGUUAUUUUUCUUUCCAUUAGACCAGGGGUGUCCAACCCGCGGCCCGCGGUAGAUUUCGAAGCGGCCCCCACUUCAAUUUAAAAACCAUGAAUUAAUUAUACAUAAUAUAUUAAUAUUACGAGAACAAAUUUAUUUUAAAAAUAUAAGCCAUCAAAUAACGUCCGUGUUUUUCCCGUUGCGGCAUCUUAUCUUAUAUUACAUACGAACGUGUGCAUCGGACCUAAAGAUUAACAUUAUUAGUGUUGGCUUUAUUGGCUCCGAUACCAAUAUUCUGUGUCAUUUAUUAAAAAAAAAUAAAUAAAUAAAGUACCUAUAUAAAAUUAUUACUAAGCACAUAUAAUCUAGUACAGACAUACAGUUGUGCGCGCGUGAUGGUCAGAUGUUCACGUUUUGUUCAGAACAGUGGUGUUAGUACUCAAUAUUAUUAUUUACCUAUUUAAUAACAAUUUUAUAAAUUUGAUUUGUAUAAUAAACUAAUAAUCAAAUAGCGAAAUGUCGUCCAAUAAGAAAAGAAAAGUAACGGAUGAAGGAAGAAUAUUCAACGAAAAGUGGACAGNCAAAAACAUGCAACCGAAAUGGAUUCCUACCAAGGUUUUUUUCGGAAACAAAAAAUUUUAGAGUUAAAAACAUGUCUUUCUUCUCAGCAACUCAAUAUUAAAAAAGCUACUUCUGAGUCCCUAACCGUUACAAAAGCUAGUUAUGUAGUGUCAUCUUUGAUUGCAAAAAAGUCAAAACCAUUAAUUGAUGGCGAGUUUAUUAAGGAGUGUUUGGAAAGUGUUGCAGAUAUAAUGUGUCCUGAUAAAAAAACAGACUUUUCAAAAAUUAGUCUGUCUCAUCAGACUAUAAGCAGGCGAAUCGAUGACGUUGGAAAGUCCAUCGAAAAUAAACUGGAGGAAAAAGUCCGUUCUUUCAAAUAUUAUUCUUUGGCUAUUGAUGAAAGUACCGAUGUAAUGGACACGGCACAAGUUGCUAUUUUUAAAAGAGGUAUUGAUAAUGAAUUCAAUAUAUCUGAAGAAAUGGCUUCUUUAGUACCACUGAAAGACACUACAAAAGCUCGUAAUUUGUUCGAGGCAGUAGAAACUACACUGAAUAAAUUUUCUUUAAACUUGGUCAAUAUAUCAGGUAUAGCUACGGAUGGUGCCCCUGCUAUGGUAGGUAAAAAAAAAGGACUUACAAAAUUAAUAGAAGACUAUGCGGUUUUAGUUGGGAACAAAGGUUUGAUGCGAUACCACUGCAUUGUUCAUCAGGAAAAUGUAUGCGCAAAAGCUUUGAAAAUGGAUAACAUCAUGCAAAUUGUUAUCAAAUGUGUUACAUUUAUUCGAGCUAGGGGACUUAAUCAUCGUCAAUUUCAAGACUAUCUUAAAACUAUCUUAAAUUAGAAUGUAUUAUUAUUUAAAAAAGUAUGUGGCCCACAAUAACUUCUACCUACAUGAUGUGGCCCAGUAUUCACAAAAGGUUGGACGCCCCUGUAUUAGACGAUAACAAAUAAUGUACAUAUUAUUUGUCGAGCAUAAUAUAUCAUUUUAUCGUAUUUCUGUCCAUGAAAAAAAAAUGUUUUGAGUACAAUGGUAUCGGUUUUUGUAUGAACAGGGGCACCAGUUAGCAUUUUGGCCUGGGGUGUCAUUUAACGUUGCGCCGGCCCUGUGUACACACCAUGGAAAAUAAACAUAUUAAGUUAGUUAAUUAGUUAAUAUGUUUAUAGUACACAUUGAUACAUAAUGAUGUAAUAUAAUACAUAAUACAAAAUAUUAUAAUUUAUAAUAAAUUAUUAAAUUAUAUAUAAAUAGUUUCUAAUACUUAUUUAUACCUACACUACCAAGCAUGUGUUUUCAUUACACUAUUAUCGUUUUAGUCGACAGAAAAAAUGUUAAAAAUAUACAUAUAUAUUAAAUUUGUACAGAGUUUUUCACGCAAUAAUGCCUAUUAAAUUGGUAUUGUGAAUAGAAAGCCAAUAAAAUUAAACGGUACUCAAUUUCUUAGAUGAGCCGAGAAAAAACAAAUGAUUUACCAGAUAUCAAAAAUGCAGGGUUUUUUAAAAAAGAUAAAAACUAAUGUAAAAUAAUAAUAAAUUAAUAUUUUAUAAUGGCUGGAUGUUACCACUGGGUAACCUCCCUAAUCUUAAGAUUCGCCAUUAAUUAUAUUUUUCUUUGUCUUUAAUCAAACCUACUUAUUGUAUAAAACUGUAUAGAUAGUAGAUUACUUUAAAAUAAAAUUAAAAAAAUAUUUCAUAAUAAAACAUUAAAUACCUAUAUUAUAUUAUUUAAUAAACAAUAAAGAAAAAAUAUGUAAUAGUAAAAUCAUAGUAUGUAGUAUGUCCAAACAUAAAGUAACGCUUCAUAUUUACAGGUAUACGAUAGUUGAAAUUACCUAGGUAUUGUUUUUCUUAUGAGUAAUCGAGAUUCGAGGUGUUCGCAAAGGACCGGCAUUUAUUUCGAUUUUGAGACGUCCCGGUUCGGUCGGCCUUGUUUGAGAACCGACCCGAGCGCCCAGUUGACUACCCGCCUAGUGGGAAGGUCGCCAACCUAGGACCGAGGUCCGAAGACCGGAGUCCUAAGAUUUUUGUGAGGAGGGAAGGAAAAAAAAGAGAAUUUAAAUAAGUAAACAUGUGGUUUUAUAGGCUUAUAAACAAAUAUUUACAGACAAUUUAUAUUUUAAAUAUAUGUACAUUGACUGGGGCGUCAACCAGUCGUAAGUAUUGUCCGGACGCAGAUAGUGGCAUAACGAGGAACGUGCAGGCCGGGACUCAAUAUUUAUGGGUAAGGAUGAAUGUGUGUUGACCGAUAUGGGUAUUGACAGAGACGGACCCCCACGUGGAACUUUCAUGGGCACCUUAGGUAUUGGGGAGACCCCGGCAGGAAUGUGCGGUUGCCAGGUCACAGAUUACCACCGGGAAGGGUAGCGGAAACGCUUUUCGUUCCAUAUUGACUGGUCCGUAGUUUCGGUGGUCCUACGGGUGAACCUGCGGGGUGCGUCCGAAUAUGGAUCGCGAAAUGGGGAAAAUCGAUCUUUAUAUAUGUUCCUUUUUAAGAUGCUCAUACAUGUGGUUGCAAAACCUAGCACUUAAAGGGACGAGAAAAAAUAACAAAAAAGCAAAAUACAGGGGGGGUGUUGGUCUAUCGCACUUAGGAUGUGGAACGCGGGGAUUAGCAUAAUGAGACGGACACACAAAUCUGGAUGGUUGAUUAAGUAUAUCGGAAGGAUUUAACAUACGAAAAAUAAAACAUUUUAUAUAAAUAUAUUCAUACAGAGAAAUCUUAAUUAAAUUACCUUAAAAACUAAUUAACUAACUAAUCGGCCAAUUAUUAAAUCGCAUACAUAUUACCAUCGUUCCACCGAAGAUGUCCUCCGAGCGGACCAGAUCGGGACUCACUUCAUUGAUUCGUUUGAGGCACCAUCAUGAAUCCUGCCAAGGUACACGACCUUUUCUUGGCGGCAAAAUAGGUGAAUCCGCGCAAUAUACGGGAGUGUUUUAUUAAGAUAACUGUAUCUAAAGAUCGUCUGGUGACAGAAAUCUCGAGACGAGGUCUAGGCACGAAGAAGGAAAAGAACGAACAGAAAGAAAAAAAAACUGGGUAGCGGAGCGCGGAGACGUUCGUGGCACGUCGCGGCGGGCCGACGUUUUUGGCGAUAAGGGGAAACGUGAUAUGAUUGGUCGUUAACCCGUAGUCAGAAAUAUAAUAUUGCGAAUUGCAACAGAUUGCGAUUGCAUAAACCGUUGAGCGGGGGGGGAGGGAAUUAUUGUUCAUGAUGACAUAACAUAUCCGUCGACGCGGGCGUAAUCUAUUAACCCGUCGACCAUAUCGAUUGUAGGUAUGUUUGUCCUUUGAUAACGGGAAAUGGUCGUUUUUGAACGUUACAACUUAUUGAAGUUCUAAUGUAUGUAACGAAGAAUUUUAAAAUUGAAACUAGUCGUCAAUAACCGUACGCAUAAUACUUCAAAAUAUGAUUGUAUUCAUUGCUUAUUUUUAAUUUAUUAUUAACCUUAUGUAUACAUGGUUGAUCAAUAUUAUUUGACAAAUGUGAUAAUUGUUAUUCUACCAAAUAUUUUACAUUUUUUGAAUAUCGUAAUACUACGCCAUAACUUUAAAGUUUAAAUAUUUUUCUUAAUUUUGAUAUUUGUUCAAUAAUAAUUAAGCAAUUAUAAACGGUGUUAUUUUAAUAUUAUUUAUUUUUUUAUAAUGGGUAUAAAAGUUGUAUGGGUGGUCGUCUAUUAAAAUUUACCCCUAGACGGCAUAUUCGUUAAUCUGGCAUUGAUUGUAACGUGAGGCGAGUUACACAGGAAAAUUUGUUUCGUUAGUUAAAAACGCAUAUAUUUAGCAAUGUAACACAUACUGAUGUUCCCAAAACGUUGUCUCAAAUUUAUUUUGAAAACAAGUUUCUUGAUACAAAAUAUGUUUAGUUUCACGUAUAGUUACAAUUAACUCCAGUACAGUUUACAACGAAUAAAAAAGCAUGUAUAUUAAUGUAUAUUUAUGCGAAAUUAUAGAAUAAUGUAAUGCAUUAUUUUGUAUGUAAUACAAAAUACUAUGUAAAUUUGCUAACCAAAUUUUAAUUUUCUGAAUUUCUUAAUUUUCUUCAUUUUUUUUUAUUUUUAUUCAUCUUACAUAUCAUUUGAUUUAACCACCACAUAAUGAUAACAUCGUCAUCAGAAAACAUAUUUAUGACUAAAAAUGAGCUGUAUGUACUAUUAAAUAUAGGUAGGAAAAAAAUACUUAUGAAACAAAUUUGUUCUGUUUUAUUUGACUAUGAAAUGUAUGUCAUGUGAUUGAUUGUAUUAGAUCAUUCGCCCUAAUUGUUAAUAAAUCGAACGCCAUUAUCAAUGAUAUUUUUCCAGGAAUCAACAGUUCAAACGAAUAUUACCAGAGUUGACGCUAGCAAUUAUUCAUGAGAGGGGUGUACACAAACAAAUUUUUUGAAUCUUUAACUAAUAACCUUUUUUUUGCUUAUUUGCUUUUUAGCAUAACAUUUGUUUUGGGUGCUCCCGUAGCGCUCUAUAUGUGAUGAUUCCUUAUCAAUGAUAAUUUACAAUAUUUCCACAGGUAUUACUUCAGAGCUAAUGUAAUUUAAAUGAUUUUAUUCAUUUUCCUGUAAAUGUAAAAUGAAUUAAACUUCUGACGAUUCAACAAUUUUAUUUAUAAUUGCUGACUAUAAAUUAAUUUUUCACUGGUGGAGGGAUGGGGACACAACCCCACAUCCUCCCUAAUGCCGGCCCUGAAUAUAACAAUGCGUUUUAUUUUAGCCGACUAUAAUAGGUGUUUAGUAUUUUUUACAUUUUUGCACAUCUAACAAUAAUUUCAAGUUUGUUACAUUGAUGAUUAAUUGACGAUUUUUAAAUACCGUAACAUAUUAACAGUGCUCAAUUGUAAUUGUGUCAACAUAAAAUAUGUACAACUAUAUCGAAAUGGUAGCUCAUAAAAAUGUAAGAAAAAAAUUAAGAUAUUAUCCGUUCUACAUAGCGAAUGGUUGUAGAUCAUGCACGCAUUUUAUCCAUAUUUCUACAAGUAUCUAACCUACCGAACAAAUAAUAAACAGAAAUGUGAUUUUUAAUCCACAAUAAAGAGGAAACAUUAGUUGCUAUAAUACCUACUAUAGUUAAUUACCUACCUAUUACUAUUAGCUGGCUGAUAUGGCAAAUAAACAAAGUUUAUAACACAAAAAAACUACCCAAAUCUGUCCACGCAGAUAAAAAGUUGACUCCCAAAACCAUUUGCUCUUAACAAAAAGGGACAAUCAACGUCGAUGACAAUAUUUGAAUAGGAUUAGUAAACCAUCAGACAUAAUCUGACAACAUAUCAGUAUAUUAUUUUUUUAUCAAAAGCCAGUGACUAAUAAAUUAUUUAUUCAUAGUAAGUAGGUACAGGUAUUUCUGCCGGGUUAUAUUUUACGAAGGUUUUUAAUAAAUAACCAAGUACAAUCGGAUGAGAACUAGCAGUUUUAAAAUUAAGCCGACUAUCACAGUACGUGCUUCUCAGUAUUCGUUUAUCUGAUCUUUAACUCGCUAACGUACGUGUUAAGAAUCGUUGAAUUCAUAUGUUUAACGUGUGAAAAAUAAAAAUAAUAACAGUUUUUUUAAAUUAAUCGAUUUUUCAAAUAUAAUUAAUUCAACUUCAGGCAAAUAUAUCAGUUUUGUGUUUAUAUAGGAUUUCCGUGAUUUGUUUAAUAUAUAAAUCCAAUAUCAAGUUGUUAAGAUAUUUAGUGGCAUUGAAAUAUGGCCAGACGAACAUAAACUUGUAAUACUACGAUCAUUUAAAAUUUGUCAACUUAUUUAUUAUUUUACAUCUGUUGCGGGUAUAUAUUAGUCGAUAUACGUUUUCCAGAUCCUCUUAUUUUUAAUCCACACAUACGCUCAUAAAAUCCAAUGGCUUGGUUGAGAGGGGAAAAAAGGACGCUUGUCCCAAAAUCUCUUAAAAAAAAAACAAUAAUUGGAUAUUUUAUAAAAAUAUUAUGAAUUCAAUAAUAGUUGUUAUAUCACAGUUAUAUAAACAGGCAACUCCAUGCCUAUGCAACUCCACGUAUUCCCCCCCACCCCCCAAUUUUAAAAUUUGACAUUUUUCUUCGCCCAAUCGUUGGUAUCCCGUUAUUAUUGAAUGGUAAAACAGAAAUUGAAUUGUUAAUAGACAAUUGUUUUUUUUUUUAAUUAAUAAAUUUAGUGGGGAGGAGGGCUCAAGAAAUGGCCCAUUUCUCGACCACUGGUUGUUUAAUACAACAAUACUUAAAGUACUACUAAGUAAUACUAAUAAUGAUUUCAGUUUUACAAUCCAAUACUAACGAGAUACUAACGAUUGGGUCAAGAAAAAUUUUAAAAUUGGGAAAGGAAUUAGGGAAAUGUACGUUGUAACUCCGCUCAUUUAUUGAUGAAUAAUGAUGCCGUUAUUGCCGAGACACGUAUUCAUUUUUAGAACUACUUUGCAUGACAAAAUAAAUAAGUAUGAAUGAUGAUCACAGUUUUUUUGAUACGCACUCCCCGCUCAAAUAUUUCUUCACUUCACCUAUUAUCGUAGUUAAGUGGCGUGCUCAGCAUUUCAAUAUAGGAAUUGAGGUGAGAUAUAGGGGGAUCUGAAUAUAACUGAUUACUGAUUGUAGGUCCAUAAUUAUUAGACAUAUUUUCCGGUAAAAGUUCAUACAACAUUUGACACCUACUUUUUCGAAUAACACUUCUGUUAUUAGUUACUACAAAUAAUAGGUUAAUGAGUCAAAAAACGCUCGUGUCGUAAUUUUCUACUUUUAUUGGCUAAUAUUAACACUGCUAAUAAUAGUGGAAAACUACAACAUAAGCCGGCUGUAGAAGAAAUGUGCAUAUUGAACGAAAACGUAACACACAGUAAUCAUAUCAAUCUGUUUUAUGAUGAUAAAUUUAAAAAAAUUAUCUCCUGAACUAAAAUUUCUGGUUACGCCUCUGAAUUCAAAUCCAAAAUUAUUGAUGGUCUGUUAAUAACUGGUCUCUUUCGUCCCUCGACGUAUAACAAUAUAAUAAUACAAGUAAUAAUACAAGUGAAAAGAAUUUUAAUCUCAUUGGGGGAAAAAAACUAAAUAUUUGAUGAUUAAAAUCAAUGCCAAAAAGUAUAAAAACUUUAUAUUUUAUAAAUUGUAUUUUUAACUUUAAAUUUCGCUGGGUUUUAUCACUGGAUAACCUCCGUUGUCAUAUUACUUACAGUUAAAAUUAUAUUGUUAUCAUAUUUGCUUAUUGUGUUUUUUUAACACAGAUUGUAAAUAUUCUUUAAAUAAAAAAAAAUUUCUUUUUAUAAAAAAAAUUCGCCCCGGGGCAAAUUCCCCUAUUGUCCCCCCUUUUACAAGGCCUUAAUAGCAAGAAACUAUUUUAAUUUAAAUUUAAAUAAUGAUAAUGUUGACUUCCAAUCUUUUUUAAGCGCAGUUUUGAGUUUGAAAUUAUUAAAAUUAAUAGAUUAACUUAUACGUAAUAUAAAAACAUUAAUGAAUAUCUGAUAAUAAUCGAUAAUAGUCUAUCGGAUAAAUAUCUAAGUACAUUUAUUAAUAUAUAUUAAUCCAAUUUGAGUUAAGUUUCCCCUUCCCCUCUAUUCGCAUAUAGGUUAAUGCAGUAAUCAAACAUUUCAAAAUCGUUAUCAGUUUUUUUUUUUUUUAACUUCAUUAAACUACAAAUCAUAACAUAACAAAACAAUACAACAAUACUUAUUUUAUAGACUCGUUCAAUAAACCAAUUUGCAAUAUUUUUCACGAUUUUACCCUCGUUUCAUAUAGAAUACCAUAUACAUAUUUCAAAUUUUGAUUUUAAAAUAGAUUUUUAACUCACGUUCGAAAAGAGAAUAUUCUUCCAAAAUAUUGAUAUUAUGCGUGACACUAAUAUCGCUUUAUGGGUUAUAAAAUUUAGACCGGAGGUGUCACGAGUAGGGUAUAGGGUAAUAAAUUUUAUAUCCGUAUUUUAAGAUAUCCCUUCAUUGGCCCAAAUUUUAAACUGUUGUAACUCAUAAACGGUACAUCCGUUAUAGUAUUAUACCAUAGUUGUAUGACCGUCAUAUGACGUGGAUUUUAUAUUUAGUUACCACAGUGAAUUAAUAAUGCAUUAACAGACAAAUAGGUGAACGUACGGAUCACGGCUUUUAUAUAAUAUAAAAUAAUAUUACGUGCAUCAAUGUUUAAGGUAAGUAUACGGAAUGGAAGGUAAAAUCGAAAUUUAUUCAAUAACUUUAGGUAUAUAAGAGUACCUACCUGCAAUAAUUUGUGCGUAAACGUUUCCGUUUCGACGAGGGGUGGUUGUGUUGAAAUGCAUAGUUUCCGAGUAUACCGGGUGAUCGAGAUAUUCCACCUUUAAGUUUGAGUUGGAGGAAAUUAGUGGUGCAUUGUUAACACGUCACGCGUCGUACCCCCACACAAAUAAUACUUCACUAUUCUCCUCCUACCCAUACUUAAAAGUGAAAUAUCUUGUCAACGAAUUUCAACACUAAAACUUAUUUUAACUAAUACUCCAUCUAUUUAUGGAAUUUUGAAUAUAGGUUGCCAUUUGAAAAUCAAAAGUAGGUAGUCGUUUCAAGGGUGACAAAAAAUAAUGUAGGUGUUAAAUUGUAUAGCAGCUUGUUUCUUAAAAUUUCUAAAAAAAAAAAAUUGAAAAAAGUAAAUACUUUCGGAGAUAUCGAGUGUAUCCACUUAAAUGAAUCACCCUGUUUAUGUAAUAUGUAUACCUGUAUAAUACUAUUUAAAUAUAAUAUACCAAAUAAAAUGUAUAUUUUUGUAAUAAUAUAUAUGUUUUAUCUAAAUGUGGUGGUUAAGCUGUUUAGACGAAUAUCGAACAUAUAAAGUACAUUAAGAAAACAUUUGCGACAUGGUGGUAAACAAUCGUUUUUACUUUUUGCACUAUCUCUAUCUCUCUCGCUCUUGUUCCGUAUGCCUCUAUAUUAUACUAUUAAUUCGAUAAUGGAAAACCAACCUAAUAAAAUUGUUCAUACCGAAAAACAAUAAAUCACAGUCCGGUGGCGGCACGACUAUAUAUAUAUAUAUAUAUAUAUCAAUAUAUACGUAUAUAGUUAAUACUUAACAACAACUCUGGUCAGACAGCAGGAAAUUUUGUUUUCACCACGAUAUGAAUAAACAUAAUAUGUACUACCUAAUAUUCGACACUAAAUGAUUGAUGCGUGGCGACAACGGCGGAAAUGUAGGUACUAAUUUCAAAGAUCUUUGCAAUCAGUGGCGCCUAAGCCUAUUUUAAAACAUAUUGCAAGUACAUAUUUUAUGCACAUUGAACAAAAUGUAUGAGGCACAUAAACAUAUAGCACAGUACCGCUGUAUUUUGUUAUGCGCUAAACUAUGUUUCAUAAAUAUUAUAUAGCCAUAUAUGUGCAGCAUAAUAUAUUGUUUUACCAACCCAAGGAACCGGAGUAAGUUAAUAAAUAAAACAUAUUGUGUUCCGUAUGUCGCUGUUUCGCACAUACUUGUGAAAAUUACCAUCAACCGCAGUCAAACACUGCAGCAGGUCAGGCGGUAAUCGCAAUAUUUUCAGUUCGCACACUCCAUAACCGCUGUGAUUAUAAUAAUGCCCUUGGCUGUAUAUACGAUUGUUCGGAUACCAUAUUGUAAUCUUUACGCUCAAGAAUGUAAUUUAAGUCACGAAAUUUAUAGUCACUAUAACCCAUGCCUAUUAUUCUCAAAACACUUCCCAAUAAUAUGGCAGAAAUUAAUAUUUUAUCCUGAUUAUUUAUGUACAGGAUAAAUUUUCCUAACGGUUGAUGAGAAGGAUGACAUGGUUUACAUGUAAUGUUACCUAUUGCAUAAUUGGAUAUUAUAUUUAUCUUUUCGUCAACGUUUCAUGUAUAAUUUUGUAAAUGAUUAUAUUUUAUUUACGUAUAAAAGGGUCAAGUACAUUGUAUCAAAUCAUAGAUUUUUGACAAAGCGAAGAGCAAAUAAGUCUGUCACGAAUAGGUAUUCACUUAACGAAAAUAUGUCUUUUCUCGGAAGCCUCUUAUCGAUUAUUAAAAUUGCGGAAUUUCUACCCUGAAAUACAUUAUUUAUGCUAUUGUUUGAAGUUCUCAACUGUUCACCCUUUAAUGGAUCCUUCUUUUUUUGUUUUUUCUCGGAAAAUCUAUUUCUGGUUAGUAAAAAUGCUUGUUCAAGUCGUAACUGGGUAUGCGAAAUUUUCGCCUGAACCUUGAUGUGCUUUUCUUUGUCUGUAAACAACUUUUAUACCAGGAAUCUUGUUCUGAUCAUCAAAUAUAGCAUUAUUUCGCUAUUUUAUUCGAUUGUUUCUUCGAUAUUUUCACAGUUUUCCCAAAAAACGAAAAAAUUCAUUUAUUUAGUUAAAAAUAUUCAUACAGGCUUGAACUUUCGACAGAAUAAUUGUAUUUACUUUUUCUAGACGAAAAAAUUCUCAAAACAUUUGAGCCAUUUUUUUAAACUAUUUAUAGACAUUUAAAUUUUGCGAGUUUUUUACGUAAAUUUUAUGUGGAAGAUACUCUGUGGAUAAAAUUGUUAAGACUAAACAAAAUAAUUGACAGGAGAUUUAUUAUAAGUCAUACUUAGAGUUCAAAAAAUAAUCGAGUGUAAUAAAGUAUUUUUUAUUUCUUAUAAGAGUUUUAAAAUCUAAUUUUGACGAAAAUCGUAAAUAAGACUUUUCAAAAAAACGGACAUACUACAAACAUGGGUAGGCCGCUUUUGUAGAUAAGAAGUUGGGAAAAUAGAGGAGAAAUUUAACGUUUAUUUGUAUGGAACGAUUAACUAUUGUUAACAAAAAACGAUUCUGAGCAGAGUUCGGUUAAUAGUCUUGCUUUUUUAACAAUAUAUUUGUCAUAUUAUUGUAAAAUAAUUACAUAUGCUAUAUAUAUUUUAUUUAAUAAUUUUUUUUUUUUAAUAUUUUACCUAUUUUCCCGGUUUUUCACUUGUAUUAUGAAAACAGCUAGGACAAUCAAAAUAUUACCCUCCUAAAGUACUAUCCUAGUCAGAUUUUUUUCAGAAAGUGUUUUCAUUGUAAAUCAGAGAAAAAUUGCUGGUAGAAAAGUUGUUUACAGAAAAAAAACAUUGUAAAUUCAAUAUAUUCUUCAGCUUUAUACAUCCCUACAAACCCUUUAAAUGAAACCAAGGAAAUACAAAUUUGUAAAUGUACGGUGUAAUUAUCGAGUAUGUGUUUUUUGGUAGUUUCAUCAUUCAACCCACUCUAUAAACAUUUUUGUGCUCAGAUUUUAUGCUUCGCGGAAAAUACCGAAUUUAAAAUACCUUUAGGGAUUCUGGUUCAUGAGAGUAAGGUUUUUGGUUAAAAUGUAUAUAUAUAUAAAUAGAACUGUUGCCAAGGAUAAAAUAUUUUAACGGUAGCGAGUCGGCUGGGAGAAAAUUCGACUCGUGACGGAGUUUUGCUGCUCAUUUUUUUUUUUAUAUACUGUUGUAAAUUAAAUAGAACAUUCAACACGAAAAACAUAGGUAUUUAGUGUACUCGUAAUAUUAUUAUUUAAUAUAUAACAUUCAUAUUAUUUAGUAGACCACGUAUCCGAGCAGCAUCUACACCUUCACAGUCAGUUAUUCGAAAUAUUUCCGUUUCACGUAAUAUUAUACGCAGUUUUUCGCCUCAAAGAGUGUACAUCGGUUGGUCUGAAUGUGGAUCAGGGCCAAAAUUGAGCACAAAGUAUUGAAAACGCAUUAACACUACAGCUAUAGCAUCAGCAUCUGUAGGUGGUCUAAAUAUUAUUAUUUACACUUUUCGCCACUCGUACAUUAUAUAUACCGAUAAUACGGGCUACGCUGCUGAUGCGUUUUUCUUUUUAUAAGAAAACGUGUUGGCCGUUAUUACAUAAAAAAAAGAAAACUGUAAAUUAAAAACGACUUUUUACUUAAGCUGUCAAUGUAAAAACAAGUUUCGAUUCUAAAGUUUUUUUUUUUGUUGUCAUAAUAUUAGUUCGCAUUAUCGACUUUCAAACCAAUCAAUCUUGCGAAAAUCUGUAUCGCCGUACAAGUAAAAUGCGCGUUCGGAAUGUAUUAUCAUACCAAAUAACUUGAAAUUACAUUGAAUAACAAAAUAUAAUUUUAUAUCAUAAUUCGAUUUUAAUUUCACAUGGUAGUAAGUAAAAGUAAACAACUAAAAAAUUCGAUUUCAAAACUGUUUGAAUUAUAAAAAAUAACGAUUAUAUACAUUAAUAUUUUACCUACCAUUAUGCCGAUUAAUACCAAUUAUAAAUAAUGUUUUUUAUAAGCGUACAUUUAACAAGAUACUGAUACAAGAAAAUAUCGAAUAAUAUUUGUAUCUUAUUAUGCGCAUUGCCGACUUUAUUUGUAUAGGAUUUAUAUGGUUAACUUUAUUUGUAUAACUAUACUAAUUAUAUUAUAAUUAUACAUAGUAUAUACCAUUGUAUACAAGUCGAAAUGAAAUCCAUAAUCGUUUCAUGGGUUUUAAACCUUAGGACGAAUUAUUUUUUACGUAAAUCAAAAUCAUACUAUGGCAUUAUAUAUUUUUAUUAAUUAAUAUUAAUUUUCAUGUUGACACUGUUGUUUAAAAUUAUAAUAUUAUAACAAAUUUACCUUUUUGUGGUGGUAAUUAUUGCAAGUGUAUACGAUUAUUUUAAAUCACUGUACGUAAAAUCGAUUGUCUCUAUUCAUAGCAAAGUUAAACGUAAUAUAAAAUUAAAAUUAUGGCAUUAAGGGUAAAAUUAUAGCUUUAAUUUAAAUAUAGGUGACAAAAUGUAUUAAGGAGAAUAUUUUCAAGGACACUUUUUUUUAGAAUAUAUCCAAACAAAUGAGUUACAGCAAGGUUAGUUUUUGAUUUUUUAAAUAACUAUUACAUUUUUAUUUGGGGGUAUUUUUUUUAAAAUAAAAUCAACUUAGUGCCAUCGGCAAUAUUUUCUUUCCGUUUUUAAACUCUAAUCUCAAAUUAAAAAUCACAAUUUUAAUUCUAUACAAAUUACGUAAUCGUUAUGUUGCUAUGUUGCUUGCAGCUGGACUAAGAUAGGUAUCACGUCCUCUUAACCAAGGGGGGGGGGGCAGUGGCCAACAGAUCAAUUGUACCAUAAUGUGUCUUAGUCGGUCUUGAUUUCUUUCUUUUCCUUUCCGUAAGUCUUUACAAUGUAAUUCAAAUCAAUUAUGAUUUAAUGCGCAGUAACUUAAAAUAAUUGAAUGCAUUUUAAUAUGUAUUUUUUAAUUAUCACUAAAAAAAAGUUAAGUUCAUUAUAUUACACAUACUUGUAAUGUCACUGUACUACUAUAUCUAUUGGAAUAGGUAUUUUGGAAAUAUUUUGCAGACUCGUAUAGACUCUUUACAAAUCGUAUUCUCAAUAAUAUUGCUACUACAAAACGGUCCGACAAAAACGUAAUGAUCUCUCGUUUCAGGAAAAAUGAAUUAGCAUCUAAAAUAGUUCUUAAAAAACAAACAGGAGUGGUUUUUGUUAUGUCCAUACUUAAACUUAAAUAAUAUCAUAUAACGUACGGUUAGUUGAUUUUACUUUAAAACAAAAUUGUUUAAUAUUAACAUUUCAAAUAAAGUUAUUCCAUAACAUAACUAAUAUUAUAGAGUUUCAAAAAAAAAAAGUAGAAAAGUUCCCCCAUGCCGUUCAUAAACGAAUUAUUCAUGUUCACCGUACAUAUUAUAUAAGUAGGUAAUUAAAAAAAGAAAAUUAUAUGUUCUAGUUCAGUAAAUUUUUCAUUUCAAUCACUGUCUAAAAAGUAUAAACCAAACGAAAACAUUAAUAAAAGGGAUGUCAAGCCAUUUCCCUACGUGCAUCUUGUGAUGUGGAAAAAAUAACGGGUCUCAGGAAACGGCUCUUAGUUACACCCCUUGUAUCUUUGCGAUCACCUCUCCAUGUGAAAAAUAGUUCAUGUGUCGCUGCAUAGUAAUUUAUCGAUUGUAAUAGAAACUGUUAUGAUAAAAACGGACAGUGACUGAAUCGUAUGAACGUGUUCAUUAAUGAUUGCCAUAUAUUUGUUAUAAUGUUAUAAAUUAUAAUAUAAUAUUUUAUUUAUAGAUAUCUGGCGAUGGUUCAAAAGACAAAAAUAAUCACAACAAAUAUAUCGCGUGUGUACGCGUUUUACAAUAAAAUUAUUAAUUCCCGUUUACAGUUAGUGUGGCUGUCAUCCGACAGAAGUACAAUAAAAAAAAGUGUCCACUAUAAUGCGACGUGUUUAUUCAAUUUUCGAGAGAUUGAGUACCUAGUUGAUAAAUUAAUCCGCGUGUACAUAAUUACUAAUUAAAUAUAAACAUGAAACAAAUUAAUAAUUGUUAUUUUGGUACAAUUUGUUCUUUAUUUGUAAAUACCUAAUAUUAUCUAUAUAUUAUUUGCAAUUUAAACCGUACAUAUUUUUUAUAUUUUAACUGUCCGUUUGAGAAAAAACCUGCUUUCCCAUAUUUACCACAUUUUAUUUUUCUAUGAAUAUUAGUGAUCAAACCCAUUUUUUGAGUCAAAAAAUAGCUUAGUUACAGCGAUUUAACUAACAGCAUUUUAAUCACUAUAUAUAUAUAUAUAGGUAGCUAUAAAUCAGCUCUUUUUGGACUUGUAAAGUUGAUUUAACCACUAAACUUCUUAGGAAAGAUAACCCAUGGUCAAAAUGAGGGGUUCCCGGUAAAAAUAAAAACAGACGCUGCAUUUCACAUGCACGAAUUCGAGCAUAUUUUGUAAACAAUAAAAGAGACAAUAAAAGUGUAUUAUGCUAACAAAAUACCAAUGGUCUAAAAACACACACAACUCAAAUUUUAUAAAUCAGCACCGAAAUAUUGAAUAUUUUCUGAAAUUACCGUUUCCACGCUGUAUACAAAUUAGACGACGCGUGCAUGUAGGAAAUCGUACGCAUACGAACAAAUAAUUUACGAUUCACGUUUCGAGAAAAAAACAAUUUUUAUUUUUUAAUUGUCCGGUUGAAAAAUUCUAUACCGAAAUAAUUUAUUAGGUAUAAAACAAUUAUUUAAACUCCGUCGUGCACACAUCACGACGUGUGCAUUAUAACGAUUAUUCCGAGCCCGCCUUUUUUCCAGACCCAUUAUAUUGUAUCACACAUUUGUCGUCAUAACAUUUUUGUAUUUUAUUUUUUUUUUUAUUGUGCUUUACAGUAGUUGUGGUCGUGGCUUUUUUCGUCUGCUGGGCACCAUUUCAAGCACAAAGGCUGGUAGCCAUUUACGGUGACGCGGAUCACGGAGAUCACUCGAGUACUUCAAUAGUCGACGCGAAUGUUUAUCAAGUGCUGAACUACGUAUCAGGAAUUCUUUACUAUUUGUCGGCCACCAUAAAUCCACUGCUGUACAAUCUCAUGUCUUACAAAUUCAGAACCGCUUUCAAAGUGAGUGCACCCAAAUCAAUAUUUCCGACCGUACAGACAUUAUUCAACAUUCUCCACGAACAACAGAAUUAUUCAUAAAUCAUAAUAAUAAUACAUCAUUGUAAGGAGAAGGGCAGUAUGAUAAAAUCCGAAAUUCCCUGGAUUUUCAUUAAUUUUACUCAAAACAAAAUAUCUGUAGAACGUUGUUUCAAAUGAAAAUCUGGGGUUUUAAAUAGUGCAGUUAGUUAUAUUUAAAAUCUAUACGAAAAUGUAUUUAGAGAUUACGACGGCAUUUGUAUAGAAAUUAUUUAUACACUUAUUACAUUACCAUUGCGAUUAAUAAAUACCAAUUAAUUUUCAGGAAACUUGGAGGUCUUGCAAAGGAGCUAGUGGUAUAAGUCCUGACCACAGUAUGCCUACCUUAGAAUAUAAGUGGCAGAGACAUCACAGCAAUAGCAGAAGUUUCAGCAGUAGUCACUUUGACGAGGUACAAAGAGUUAUUAGGUAUCUACAUACAUUAAAAAUAAUUUUUUUGUUUUAUAGAAUAUUCGUAACGUCAGAAAAACUAAUCCUAAUUUAAAUUUUUUAAAUAAUACUAAAUUUUUAUUUUAUUUUUAAGAGAUUUCAUUAAAUUAUAAUAUUUUACACUUGUAAAGCAUUGCACAACAAUUAACUAUUAUCCGUAUAAUAUGGUGCGUAAUAUUUAAAGAAUUUUUUUUUUUUGUUUCGGUAUACAAAUUAGUAUAUUUUAAACUCUUAAAAAAUUAUCAACAUUUUCCAUAGCAUCACUUGUAAAUCAUUUUAAUUUGCAGUAGGUACUCUGUAAUUAUUAUGCAAAAACGUUCAUUCUGAUAAGAACGUUUAAUACACAAUACAAAAAAAUCAUUAUAACGUUUUAAUUUAUUCAAUUGUCUCUAUAAUUAUCAGUACUCUUCAUAUUUUACUCUAAUCUAAAGUUUAAUUAUACAUUUCUUAUAAACACCAAAUCCUUGUUUUACAUUUGCUCUAUUUAUUUGAUUUUUUUUUACGAAUAACCAAAGAUCGCCUCACUCCAUAACAUUUUUGGGAUACUCGAUAAAAAUCACACCCAAUAACUAAUGUAUAGUCUUAUAUCAAGUUAUAUGCUUAUAAUAUAAGUAUAAAAUAUCUAUAAUACUGGAUACCCUAAAGAAUAUCCUGGUUUUGGAAAACUAUGUACUAUGUUUUAAACAAUAAACUGCUAUUCCAUAUACAAUGUUAAAAUCUUAACCUAAUAUAAUAAAACAUAAAUAAAGUUAAAAUUUUAAUUUAUAAAUAAUUACUGUACAAACUAAUUGUUUUAAUAUUGGUUAGUAUAAAUUUAUGAUUAAUAAUCACAUUUAAAUAAAUAAUGAUAACUAUAAUGUUACGAAUAAUAUAUGUAUAUGCAUAUAUCCUUUUCAACCAAAUCAACCGUAACUAUAUACUAGUGGUAACUAUACGAACGGACGGACUGGCACAACGUGGAUACAAAUCAAAAAGACACGCAAACCCACCUUAAACAAAUGUUACCAGCACAUUAUCUAGUUUAUUUUUUACUUUUUUGUAUCCUUUGAAAAAUGAAAAGUAAUCAACACUCUCGUUUAGUCAUAUAUCUGGUGUAACCAUAUUCGUUGCUUUAAAUCAUCGGUAACCUUGAGAAAUAGUGUUUUGUACACUUCACCCUUCUCAAAACCCCAGUGAAAAACAUCAUAACGCAUUAAAUCUGGUUAUCUCAGUGGAUCAGAAGUGAAAUGAGAUAUCUUGAAAAUCUGAUCGGUCAAUUCAUCGCUCAAUCAGGUUUUCGUUUAAUUACCGGUCGAUGAAUAGAUACUAGUGAGAUGGAUCGAGGAGCCUCAUCAUGUUGGAAUAUGAAAUCUUCUGUAAGACUUUAAAAUUGAAAAAACGGCCGGUUUAUGUAAGCAUAUUCACAAAAUAAUUGCCGAUGACAUUGGUUUCUGUGGUUAAGAAAUGGGCUAAAAACUGUCAAGUUUAAAACGGUACAAAAUUUAUUAACCGGGAACAUUUAUGCACUUUCUAAGAAAACUAAACAAAACUAUAUAAUCGAUUCGGUUGGCAGUGAAUUUUCGUAUAUUUGUUUGUUUUAAAAAUAUAGCUCUCCGAAAUCUGGAUAUUCUUUUGUGGACACCAAAUAAUAUUAUAUUAAACGAUAUUUCCUUUAUUGCCGAUCUAUUAAUAUUUUAAUACUUUCUCUCACGUACCUCACGACAGUUCCCGAAAAAAAAAACACUUUUAUUUUUUUAAACAAUUUUUUUUCUAUUAGAUAAAUUCAACGAAGCAACUGGUGGUCACUAAACCCUGGCAACCUACGGUCGUAACAAUAGACGAGAACAUCGGAUCGGACACGUCGUCAGCGGUGGAUAAAUCGCUACGGUUUUCGAGCAAAAUCAUCUUCAGCAAACAAGAGACCGUCAAAGAACUGAACGGUGACAUGAUUAAGAUGGAAAAUGGCAUUACCGUCGGCGUUUUAACCAAUAACAACAGGACGACCACGUUGCUGAUGACGCCAAAUUAAAUUUAGUGUUCCUAUAAUAUAAAUGUUUUAAAAAUAUUACCCUUCUGUGAAUACUAUGACCAGAAAAUAUAAUAUAAUGUUAAGUAGAACUCAUAACUAAGAUAGUUAGUUGUGGCAAAAGACCGUAGGAAUAAGUUAAUUUCUAAAAUUUCCAGUGUCUCGAAACACUUAUGAAUAAGGUAUUUCCCCUAUGUAUAUGCAAUUUUACGGAGAUAAUCAUUUUGACCGCCUCGCAACAAACGGCUAGCAAAACAUGGACGAUCAAAAUUUAAAAAAUCAAAACUUGGAAAGGAAAAAUUUUGAAAGGCAUAAUUUAGUAUUUGUUAUAUACACUAUGAAGUUACACAUCAUUAGCUGUUGAAUCGACUGUUAUAAAUUCUGAGUUUUGCCAUUCCAAGUUUUGAUUUUUCAAAUGUUGACUUUCUAAAGGUUUGGUUUACCACAUUUUGAUAAGUUUUCUUCCGCAACUAAAUUAUAUGGAACAUAUUGUCUUUCUUGUCAAUUUAACUACUGAGUGUACAGUUGACUUUCUUCAUAUAUCGCGUCUUUUCGGAAUGAAAAAAAUGUUGCAAAAAAAAGUGUAAAAAUAAUCGGUAACAAAUAUAUUACUUAUCUGUUUUUAAGGCGGUUUAAAUAUACAUAUAUAUAUAUAUAUGAGUAUUUAUAUUAAAUAAAAAUUGUAUUUUAUUUGUUCCGUACUUUACGGUUAAAAAAAAUCCCCAUGAAAUUGUCACACUUCCAGAUAUUCUGUGGUAAAUUUAUUUCCUUGAGUACGCAUUAUGUCCUCGAUUUUAUGUGUCUACGUGCAUGACAUUGUAAAUAAAAAAAAAAUGUAGAUUAUUUUCAUUGCUUAUUAUAUUUUAUAUUUGAAAAACAAAAUUGUGAGAUAUUUUAUUAUGGUCACUUGUUAACCGCGGCGACCGCUUCUAUUUCGACUUUGGCGCCCUAGAAAAAAAACAUACGAAAAUAUUAAUCAGCGGGUCGACCGAAUCAUCACAUAAUUUUACAGUCAAAGUGACACAAAUAGUAUUCGGUGCACUAUAUCUAUUGACCUCGAAUAAUAAUAAAAAAAAAAAAAACACUGAAAAAAGCCACAAGUGGUAUAUAAAAUAAACUAAAAAAAACACUUAAUGUAAUUUAUCACAUCAAAAGUAUUUUGAAAUAGGUUUUUUUUUUUUAAUACUUACCAAAGGCAGAUUGGCCACUUGGAACAUUGCUCUAGCCGGAUACGGUGGCACGAAAACUGUUAAAAAAAAAAAAAGGGACAAAUUAUUGUUUUUAAUCAGUACUUAGUGCAAUCUAUUUUGAAAUUCAAAUGAGUCCACGUAAUUACAUUGUUUGUAAAUCUCGUUCACCGUCGGCCCGUCUUUUAUGUCAGCCAAAAGAACUGUGGUCUUAACGACUGUGGAAAUAGUAAAAGUAUAUAUUACGAAC